GCAUCACUGCUGUCCUGUGUUAUACGGAACCGCUCACUGUUGUCUGUAGGAUACAGGCCUAUUGAUUUCAGUCUGCCUAUUACUCCUGCUAUCCCCCCUCCUCCUCUUCCUCUACCAUCACACUCACGCUUCCCACCUCCCCUCCUCCUCCUCCUCUUCCUCCUCCUCUGCCUCUCUCUCGUCUCUUCCUUGGACUGCAGCAGAGAAACCGCUGCAUCGCUCAAGACAAGAAAGAAGAAAUCUCCGACGCGAUGCUUUCUCUCCCUGUUGCUGUUUAAAGAGAAAGAGAGGGGAGAGACUCACCGGCUGCUCACUCGGCACGAUGCACCAUGCUCCUCUGCGCACUGUAAGUGUGUCUUUAUGUUUCAACCUGCAGCCAAACUGGAACUUCAUCAUCUCCCUCCGCACUAUGCCUGUAGUGAAAUAUAGAUCUCAUCGUUUUGGAUCAUUUACAAUGCAAGAUGGAAACUGCAGAUUUCGGGGGACACUAGUCUGCGCUGGUCUGUAUUCGUGUUUAAAGGUGCUAAUAAUAUCCGUGUGCGCGUAAUUGACGCAAGAGUUUGGGAACUUUUUAAGAGUUUGCACGCAUGAGCAUCAGAAAGUGAGUCGAGGAUACGCAUUUAUAUCACAUAAUCCAUAUUUAAUGUAGAAAAGGUGGCGCUAUUCAACCAAAGCUCAUCAACUUUUACAUAGUUUUGGGUUCUUUUUCUCCAAACGCAGCAAAAUAAGACGAACGAAAUUUGGUUUUGCGCAAUUUAAGAAGCACAUUUUUUGACUUGGUGCAUCUUCUCUGUGUUUGGUGUUGAUAGUGUGUCUGGGUGUGUAACCAUCCUGUCGUGCUCAAAAAUCGUGUUUAAGAUGAGUUGGCACGCGCGCACGGCAGAGGCAACCCCGAGUUUUCUCGUCCUUUGCGCGCGCGCACACACAUACACACACGCGCGCAGAGCAGCCUCGCACACGAGUGAAUCUGCAGUGAGCACGCGCCACAGAUGCAUCCAUUACUCAGGAUUUAAUGCACGGUGCAGCGCGCGCGGACACUCAACUAGCUGUACCGCGCUGCACGAGGAUUGAUUCUCAGUCUGCAGGAGGACAGCCCGAAAAUCUAAUUACGGGACGAGACUUGCGUCAAAAGACUCGGCGGUGAUUGAUGGAGCUUCCUAUACGUGGUCUGUGGGCUGAGCUGAGUCUGUGCGUGGAAGCUGCAGUCGUGGAACAAAGAAGGGGGGAAAGUGAGGGAUGAGUUUUGCAUAAAGCUGCCCCACGAGGCUGUGUGUGAAGUUUGAUUGGAUCAAACAUGAGGAAAAUUCCAGCCAGGUGUUUGCUCGGAGGCAGCUAUAGCUCUCUGACCGGAUAAAGGCUCACUCUGAAUAGUCGGUAAAUGAAUGUUUGCCUGGAGCUCUGUGUACCUCCGUGUUUGCUUUAGCUCCGCAGAUGACAAUCAAAGCUUCUCCUCGCUCUAUUUAACCUUCUCCUAUUGUGCCCCAUAUCUCUGCUUCAUCUAUAUUUCAUUGGCAAAGACUCACACAAGAGGGGUUUGGCUUUCUGUGGGUCCCCACCACAUGUUUUAAUGAGAGCCAGGAGGCAAUCUGUCAGCCAAUCAGCAGCCUGGAAAGAGGAGAGAGGGGAGCAUCACUGAGCUGUUCAAAUGUGCAACCAGACCAAGAGAGAAGAAGAGAACAGAGAGAUGUUAUGAGAGCAGACAUGAACAAACUCUCUGUAUUCACACGCCUAAAACUCCUCAAAUCUUACCUGCAUCCUCAGCUUUGGCUGAACUUCUCUCCAGACUUUCCAGACUGAGGCAACAAGCCUCAAUGGGGCCCUAAGCUAAAUUUUAUUUUGGUGCCCUCAAUUUCUGCCAAGAAUAUUGAUUGUUGAUCAUUUACACACCUUCACAAAUCUCUUUGAUUAACAUCAACCUAAAUCCUGGUGUUUUUCUCUUCUUCCUCUUUCUUUUCUCUGCUCACGAAGGAUAUGUCCUUUUUUGCAACAUUUUUUUGCCCAUCAACUAACUGCACUUUGAUGCUCAGUGCACAUUGCACAGCAGGAGGCACAUAAUGGUAGCGGAGCUUUGACAUAUCAGCAGUAAGAAUCAUAGGCCUACAUCAGCAGCAGCACUAAAAGGCUUUUACUUUAUUUUAUUUUAUUUUUACAAUAAAAUUUGAUCAUACAGAAAGCUACGACUUAGCAUUAGGGCCACAUUAAGAAAAGAAAAAAAUGUAGACCUUGGAAUUACUUACGAGAGUAAAGUUGUAAUAAAGUAAUAUCUUACGAGAAUUAAGUCGUAGUAAAAUAAUUUCUUACGAGAAUAAAGUUGUAAUAAAAUCAUUACUUAGGAGAAUAAAGUCGCAGCUAAUAGCUAUUCUAAUCUGUUGUUAGUUGUUUAUAUGAGCGCUGUGGAGCAUUCAGAUGAGUUGAACUUCAGUAGCUAGGUUUCACAAACAAGGAGAUACUAAAUCCUUUGGUGUUUCAGCACCACAUUGUCAUAAUCAGGACAUAUGCAAGAAAUGCAUCUUUUCCACAGAAAGAACCAGGUGGACUUGUAGGGAAUCGCUGCUUUUUAGGAGGGAGAAAUGGAUGGAAAUGGCUGUGCAGAGGCUAAAUCCCUCAAUGCAGCCAUUUAAAGCAAUAGCAUAAGGCUUUAGUUUAUUGUAUGAAUCUAUAUGCCAUAUGCCAUAUGGUGUUGGUGCCUCUGCAGGUGUAGGUUGCUGCCGGUAUUGUGCCGGCAUCAGAGACAGACGCAGUGCUCAUCGGAGCUGGACUCUCUCUGAAUCGCAAAUGUUGAUCAUUAGUUGUAUUGUUUCUUGAGAAACUACAAAAGCUCUCUGAAUAACCCACAGAUUACUCUGCAGUUGACCAGUUCAGCCAUUUCCUCCUCCACAAAAGCAGCUUUAAGACUUCAUUUACUUUAAGACUGUAUUCUCAUAAGAAAUGAUUUAAUUACGACUCUUUUCUCGUAAAUACUGAUUUUGUUACGACUUUCUUCUUGUAAGUAAUUAAGAAGUCUUAAUAUUUUUUUCUUAAUGUGGCCCUAAUCCUCUGUCGUAAAAAGCAUCACUCAUACAUGCAAAAAAUAUAUACAUUUUUUUUUAUUUUUAAUUGCUCUUGGGGGCCCCCUAUUGGCCCUAAGCAGGCACAUGGUUUUCUUAUGCCUUGGGCCGGCUCUGGACUGAGGUAAAAUGUCCACAAGGACUCAGGGUGAGCUGAUAAAUCUGCAGGAAUAUUAAGGAGAAUUCACAGCGAGUGAGCGGGCAGGUGUGAUGAUUUGAUGUGAUGAUUAAAAACAUCAGCGGUAGAGGAGGGAGAAUCAGUUAAGAGACGAGAACACUGAACACAUAUGCACAUCUGCCUGUUUGCACACAACACUGAGACAAGGGCAGAAACUCUCAUCUUUGUUCUUUCGGCCGCCAUGUUGCACACAUCACACCCAGGCUUUUGUACAAGGCUCCUGACGUCACGUUUUGCCUCCCCAGGCUCAUUUCCCCCUCUUACUCCACAAUGCAAUCAUGACUUGGUGAACAAGCUAAAUUAAGGGGGCAGGGCUCCUUAAAUUUUCCUGAAAGUCUAAAUUAUGCUGAAUUUUUAGCUUUUAAAUACCAUGAGAGGUGGAGGUAUCUUAAACAAAUUAAAUCCAUAUUUCAUGGGAAAGUAACAGCAGCUUAAACCAGAUUCAUACUUUUGGAUUAAAUCUCUCCAUGUUUUCUGUGGCGGUGGAUUUUGAACUGCAGACGUCUGUCCAUAGAUAUUAAUGAUUGUUUAGUUAUUAUUAUAUCACAGCUGAUGAGGUGUGAGGUUACAUUAAGUCAGACUUAUAGAGUCUGAUUUUAUGAAUAUUACGGUGUGAACUGAUUGUUGAAGAUGUCUUUAGGGCCUAGACUGUACGUGUUAACUUUGGACAGAAGUUUGACAAACUUCACUAAAGUUUCCUUUAAAAAAAUCUAGAAUUUGUGAUUAAGUUGCACAUCACGGCUGAUCUCUGUCUAUAGGAGUGUAUUUUAAUUUUUCACGCUCACCCAUUUUCCAUGAUGCUUUUAGACGCUGUCUACCAUUUCGCGCAGGAAAAAGAUCUGUAAUUCAAGUACUUUUUGCGUUUCUGCUUUCACUCUGAACAGACUAGGGCUGAGCGAUAAACUGAAAAUUUAAAAGAUACCAAAAUUUACGACAAUAACGUCAUUUUUUUUAUUUUAUUAUUAUUUUAUUAUUAUUAUUCGGUAUCAAAUAAAUAAAUAAAUCAAAGUUUCUGCAGAAAGACAGGUGAGGAGAUGGAGGACGGAUCAAAAGUUGUAGCAGCUGAAGUAGACGAAGUUAAUAUGGGAGGGGGUGAGCAGCUUGUGGAGUAGUUAUCGAGGUGAACUGAUCAAUAUAUCGUGAUAUUGAUUUGAGGACAUAUCGCCCAGCCCUAGAACAGACCAAACUUUCUAAGAUGUCAGAAAUUUAUCCAACCAAUUAGGAGCGGUUUACUGGUUCUGGUUUUUGCUUUUAAAGUUUAUGUAAAGAUAGUCAGCAGUGUAAGCAUUAGUGCCUCCACAACAGUAAUCCAUACAAACACGAUUUUAAGAUGUAGCAGCUGUAGCUAACGUUUACUGUGCUCAUGGGCUGUCAGGUAGACCCAGCAGGAAUAUGGUCCUCUAGAAGACUGUAGGAAAAACUAGACCACAGACUUUUUAACGAUUCAAACUUGUUAUAAAAUAAUAAAGAUAAAAAAAAAAAGAUUACAAGCCCAACACAUGAACACACCAACACUGACUUUCUGUCAGAUUGCAGCUUGGGCAUCCACACAGGGACCCCCACAGCAGCUGGCCGGUCUCAAGCGGUCUGUAAACCCUCACAGCCAUCAUUACAUCCAGGCAAUCAGGCAGCUGUGUGUGCCCGUUUGUGUGUGUGUGUGUGUGUGUGUGUGUGUGUGUGUGUGUGUGUGUGUGUGUGUGUGUGUGUGUGUGUGUGUGUGUGUGUUUGCAUCAGCAGGAUAACCUGUUUAGAGGUGAUGUUCUUGAUAGAUUUGCAGGACUACAUUUGAGGAUCCUUGGAUUCUAUGUUUCUCUGAGACCUGAUGCUGCCUCUUAACGUACUUCAUGUUCAUUACUUUAAUCUAAACCCAAGGAUAUUCAGCUCUCCCGGCAGUUCUGCUUCUUCUGCUUCUUCUUCUACUGUCUCUGCCUCUGGAGGCUCCGUGUUUUAAGUGCUCAUUCAUCUGCCUGUUUUGGGGGAAAUAGAGAAAACAAGUUUUCUUCAUUUGAUGUUCAGGAGCUGAAAUACACCUCAGUUUUCUCACAGCUCCCUUCAGACCUGCAUCCAGCUGUGAAACAUCCUCAUUCCCUGCAAAUUCCUGAUUUACCAUGCAGAAUUUGUCACAUUUCUCAACCUGUUUCAGCCCAUUUUUCAUCAUUUCAUCUUAAAAUUCAGGGUAGUGUUAGUUCAGGCAUGCUGCCUCCAACUCAGCUCCUCCUCUGUGCUGUGUUAUGUAUGUUUUGUCCCUGAUGCCCAGCCUGCUCUGUUCUCAGGGGUUUUUGCUGCGGUUUUCUUUACAUAUAUGCACAUGAAACUGAAGGGAGGUGUACUCUACCCACCAUUUUAAUCAUGGGUCAGAUUUAGUAUUACUUUAAACCUGCUUCUUUCAAAACAUGUGCUUUUCACUAAAAAAUCCGGGAUUAAUCACAGAUUUCCUACUCCAUCUAUCAGAGUUCGCUCUCAGACAUUAAAAAGUUCCUGCUUUGUUGCUCGUCUUCUUUGUGUUUCUGCCACCAGCCUCAUUGUUUGAUGUAGACCCGGAGGUUAUUUCUGCCUCUUCUUGUUUUGCAAUCUAGCUGCAGAGAAUUUCAGGGAAAAGGAGGAUGUAUUUUACAGUUAAAGCUGACUCAGAUACCUGAGUCUGUGUAGUCUUGCUGAGUAUAUUGCUGUAGAAAUACAGCAGAGCAGACGAAGCUUGAAGACGCAUGAAUGUGGUGCAUCGUGAUCAUUGGUAGACAGUAACAAAGUAGCUCUGACUGUUUUGGAUCUGCAGCGUGUGAGUUUAAAAAGUGAAUAUUUCCUAAAUGUAGAUGAAGUAGCAGAAACUCCACCCAUGUGUUUUUGAAUGCACUCAUGCAACAAGGUUUGAGGGAUUUUUUUUCAGGUAGUUAAGUGUUUUUAAAACAAUUAUUUGAUUGGGUAACUUUCACCUGCAUUGACGGUGUAUACUGUGCACAUGUUCACACUGCAGGCCCUAAAAAAGGGAAACUCAGCUUUCUUGGUCAGCUCUGCAUGCAGAUGUAAAUGUAGUCUUGAUGAGUACAUUUCCCGCUUUGCUGAACAAAGUGCAUUAAAAAUAUGUUUAAAUUUCCUUUCAAAAGGGCAACAUGAUAUUGUGCAGUGAGACUUUGCUGCAAUGUUACUGUUCCAAGCCUGUGUGCAUUUUUAAGACAUGGAAGGAUGUAAAAAUCAAAGUAACAAAACAAAUGUGUUUAAAAAAGCAUGAAAAGCUGCAGCAGAUCGUCUGUGUGAUUCCCAUCUGUGUUCAAGUGUUUGACUCAUCUAUUUAUUUCCCAGAGGACAAACUCGGGUCUGCAUUGAUCAAAUCAAGAACCACAAAGAGUGUGAAUUUAAGUGUAAGAUAUAACUUCAGUCGUAUAUUUAUCUGUAGGGUUACUGGGUGAGUCCUGAGCUUCUUUCUCCCCAAACCGCAACCUGACUUCUUCAUGUAGCAUCUGCUGAGCUUGGCGUGUACUUUCAUUCACACGAUGUGCAUUAGCAAACGCUCACUGCAGCCAUCUGUGGGCUCUGCAGAAAGCCUGCAGGGCUCUGCACACACCGCUUGCAUUUACAUACUGUUAACCAGGAUGAGGUCACAUGCAGAUCUGCGAUCUUAUCCGUCUUACUUUCGUUGGAACAAAGCUGCGCCACACUUAAAAGACACAGAUCUAUCUCCUUAUUUUUGGAGUUGAAGGACGUCCUGCUGAAGACAUUUACUUACUUUCACCCUGCACCACAGGAGUGUGUCUUCAGGGUCCAAGAGCAUACACCUGCAGAGUGUGAAUGUGGGUAUGUGUGCUCAUGCUUCUGCUGUGUGUGUGUGACUUCGUGAGUGAUUAAUGAACGUAGCCGGACGGCGUCAGCGGGCCAUGACAGCACGACUGCGAGGAAAUCAUUUCCUCUCUCUGCUGAUUCAGAGCUCGCAGGACUUUUUGCUGAUUGCUAAAAUCACAUCAUAAAGGUGCUGUUAUAAUAACCCCGAUCACUGCAUCACAGCGGAGGGAAAUAACACUGACCGUAAAUGGUUUUGUGUGUUUAUAGGGGGGAGAAGGGCACAGUUAGCUGUACGUAUGUGGAUCCCUUAUAUCAGCAGAACAUGCUGUGUGAAAUUUCCACAUAGGUUUCUUCAACAGAGUCGCAGCUCCGUCCAGACUGGACUUCAGUGAAUUAUCUCAAAGACGGCUAAAUGUCAGCAAUAAUGACCAUUUGCAUAAGGAGGAGAACAGCGAGCCUAUCAUGAAUAAUAAAAUGUCAACACAAGAGGGAUAGCGUUCAUAUUCCGCAUCGCCAUCAAGAUGAUAACUUUGAAAUUUACAGACAGAAAAGAGAGGCGGAUUCUGGUGGUCACGGAGGAGAAGCCACAGAAAGCAAGGAUUAUUCACACACCUUUCUGCCUGUUUUGCACCAUUAUUCACUUUCCCUCUUUAAUAAAAAGGUCUCUCAGUGUUGCAGCGCAGCCAGUUGAUUGGCUAUUUUCUUCUCGGCCAUUUGGUGCAGAAACUCUCAGAGCAAAUCAUGAGGUCUAACACGGAGUUCAGCCUUUAGUCUCAGCUGUCAAAUGAUAAGUCGGAGGAGCUGCAUCACUGGAAAUGAGUUCUGGGAAGUUUGUAAAGAGAACUUUGCUUUAGUUUGGUUAUGUCGGAGCACGUCGAUCCACACAAGAAUUUUUUACUGUGUCGUUAUGCAGCUUUUGACUGAACACACACUGGAAGAGCUGUUUGACUGUGAUUUCAGCUCAUUCUUUGGUGUAGACACCAUAAUGUUGCUUUGGUUAUCCUGUGUUCAGUUACUUUUGUCUGGUUGCCAUUGGUUUUGCUGGGAUUGGGUCACGUGGGCACUGUGUUUGAAAGCCGGUAGGUUAUAUGAGGGGCAGUCUUACCUGCACUUGGGUGGAGAGGUGAGCCUAGGUAGCUGUAAUUUUUGUUGACCGCGCUUUAUGUUCUUUGUUUGCAAUGAUACAUGUCACAAAGUGUACACAUAGUAUAUCUGAUGUGUGCGUUUAAAUCAUUGGCGAUUGUAGAAGCAUUUUUUCUGUUAUUAAAGCUCCGAAAACUUUGAUGAGCUGUGGGUGCUUCUUUGGAACAGCAGCAGCGUGUCACACAAAUAUACAGGACCUAUGCUCUGCCUCAGACGUUUUUAAAGGUACUAGGAAAGCCGCAAUAGUUUGGCUGUAGAAGGAAAUCCACAGAGUUCAGUGAUAGUCCUCUUUCUCUCUGUAGCUCCUUACAAGCACAUUAACUCUGUAGUGGCUUCACAGAGAAAUUUGAUUUUUCCAUAGAGGACUUGUGGUUGUUGUUUUACUAAUGCAGUUAUUUGGAGAGGUUAGUAUCAUGUAAGGCCAGAACUACACGCAUAUGGAUAUUUAUUUAUCAGGAUAUUUUUGUACUCCCGUCUAAAUAAAUGUAUCUGUCCACACGUGUUAGUUCUCAAAAAUAUCUGCGUCCACAAGUAGCCUUCAAACUCAAUCCUAUCUGGUGCCGCUUAAAAAAAUUUCAGGAACAAAGCUACCUGAUUGGCCGAUGAAUCGUAACAGCGUGAUGCGUCAUGCAUUGUUUGCGGAAGCUACGCUAGUGCGUCGGGUCCAUGUGACGGACCAUGUGACCAAUAAAAGUAUUGGCCGCAGCAGACGCGUCUAUGAGCUGGCUGACUGGUGGAUGUAAUUGUAUAAAACAAGGUUCACUUGCAAGACUGAAAUUAGCCCCAGAAGGGCAAAACAAAUGUAAAGAAUACCCUGUUUGUCCGCCAUCGUUGUUGUUGUUGUUUUUCUUUUUAAUUCGCAUGCGCGAGCUGCGGUUUGACGUCAUCGAUCCGUAAAAGUCCAACCACACGAAUCCACUACGGAUACGGGAUACGGAUAUUUUUUUAUUUCUCCACUUGUUUUUCCGUAUUCAGAUCUAUCCGGUUUGAGUGCUCCAAACUCCCGUUUUGGUGUGGUAGGGAGGCCUAAUCGGACAUAAAUAUGUGUGGAUUGAAAUAUAUCCGCAUUCGUGUAGUUCAGGCCUGAGUGCAUCACUGGAGCUUGGAGGCAUAUUCAUUAGCUUAGUUUAAAUCAUAGCUGCCCCUAGCUAUCAUGUCAGCUUCAGAGUUGUUUAAAAAGCAACUAAUUUCUUUUUUAAAUGCAACUAAAUCUGAUCAUUUUGGCUGUUUAAUAACAAAAAAAAAAAACACUUAAAAAUAGUCAAAAUUAUGCAUAAUUCAUUUAACAUGGAUCCAAAGUCCAAAACAAUCGAGAAAUAAUUGAUCCCAGAAUUUUUAAAAAUUAGGUAUAUUUUGCAUUUACAAUAAUUUUUUUCAUUCACAAAACUUUUAUGCUUUCACAGUAUUUUUCUACAUGUACACAACUUUUCUGCAUUUAAAAAACAUUCUGGCCUCUGUUUGACAUGGGGGCGGGGUUAGAUGAGUAGUGCAUCGAGAGAGGAAAAUGUAAACAAAACCGCAGAAGAAGUCAAGAAGUUAACUCCAUACAGCACGAGCAGACCUUACUUAGAUGCAUCAUACCCACUGAGCAUUUUUUGGUCUAAUAGAGGUCUAAUAGACGUAUAUAUGUAGCCAAGAUGACUGGUCUAAAAUCAGGCUACCACAGGUCUAAAAAUCAAAGUUUUGUAGACAUCUAAAUUUAGACCAAGAUUAGAUUAGCCGGCUAACAGAGGUCUAACUGUUUACUGCUCAACGGCUAUCAUAAUUAUUUUGGUAAAGUACUUGGAGAUCAGUUAUGCAACUCACAGUUGCUUUUUUGAAUAAAUAGUUAUCGAAUAAUGGGUUAAAGUGCAACAUCUGAAUUCCGUUUAAAAAUAUAUAGAAUCUAGGUGGUUGAAAUUAGGUCUAAAAAAAAACUAGACGACUAAUAGCCAUCUAUUGCUCAGUGGGUAGUGUUGACAAAUGAUAAAGGCCACGUCCUAGGAUAAAUUAUUAACUGUACAUACCUUAGAUCCUGGACUUGAAGCAUUGGGCUGCCUCAAACCCCCACUGUUCUUGUCCGCCAUCCUUCUUCAUAGAAACUGUAUGGAGUUGACUUCUUGACUUGUCUACCACACCAGGAGGAUCAGACUCUACCUGACACAGCUCCUGGUAAAGGCUCUUGUAUUAUCCCACAUUGACUACAGCAACUCCUUAAUAGCAGGCCUCCUUCCUACUACUACUACAAACUAAGUGCAUUGUCUUACAUUCUACACUAUAUAGGAGCUAUGAAAUGACCAUAAUUAGCGAGAUAAUCAAGGUUUAUAGGGUUUAAUACUUAAAACAUAGAAAUAUUACAUGUUAAAAAUGCAUACGUUUCCCAACCUGGGUAUGAGGUAACAGGACUAUGCUGUGUUUUUCCUUAUUCUUCUUUUAAUGCUCAAAUAGAAAAGUGCUUAAGUUUCAAGUUGUUUUGCCAAACUGCUCUAUUCCCACUGAGGACUGUAACAUAUCUUAUUCACCGGCUGCACUAACAGUAGACCCACUUAGAUCCUUAAAGGGAAAGUGAAAUAAAUGAGCAUUGGAACCGCCCUGAUUCAAGAAAAAUACUGACAUCAGCUUCUAAAAUUGCUCCCUUUUGCAUUUACACUUUAAACAACCGGAGUAAAUGUUAUUGUAGGUAAUGAUGCGCUCUAACAACCGAUUACUGUCCCGGAGCCACAGCAUGGUGAGGGUUUUGUCCCCGGCUCGGUGUUGAGAUGAAUCCAUGGCCGUUGGCAGUCGGUGUCUCAUCAGCCGGCCGUGUUCAAAGUUAGUUAGAACACAUUUCUUACUUCGUUUCAUUGCUGCAUUGCACCAAAAUCUCUUGGGCUGCUUUGUGUCGCUGUGGAGCUGCGGUGCUUAUGUCCAGAUGACGGAUUCAAACUGAUGUUUUAUCUAAUGCCGCAGAGCAAAGGUGAGCAGAAACACCAUACAUCAACCUGCCAGUGUCUAUUUGGGCACUUAACCCAGUUCUAACACCCCGAUGUGUGCUCCCCACUUCAGGGACUGUAGGUACUAAUAGAAGAGAGUGUUGAGUCUCAUGUAGGUCUAUGAAAGAUGGAUUUUUUCUUUCCAUUCACAGAACCAUUCAUAACAUGUUACCAAGGCUGCGAUGAAUCACUGCGCUGCUGCUGAAACUGAGAAACUACCAGAUUUAAUGCUACAAACAAAUGCUGUUGCAGUUUUAUUCACUCUAUGGUGUAAAAACACAAAUAUUCUGUGAACAUCAGUCUUCUGAUUUUGAGGGCAGAUAAACUUGUAAAUAUAUAAUGCAUCACUUCAAAAACAUCAUUAUAAAUGAGUUUGACCCUCAAGCAGAGGCGUAGUCAGGCUGUUCAGGGGCCAGGGUGAGAAAAAUGACAAGGGCACUACUGCUCAAAAAGUUGUGAUUAAUGAGGAUCCAUCUCUAGCUGCAUUGUGAAGAUGGUUUUUUUGAGCUCCUCUGUCUCUACAUGGUCUUGUGUGAUCAUUAGAAUGUUCAAACGCUGACUCUAGUCUGUGAAAAAUGGUGGGCAUGUCAUUCUGGCAAUCCUAAAUAAUAGGAAGCCUGGAGGUCAUGAGACUGAAGUAGUUUUUGAAUCCCAAAGUGUUGGGUUACUAGAGGAACAUUCAGAAAGCAUUUACUUGCAUUUUGAAUCCACCAGAAGGGUAUCCUGAUGGCACUUUUUUCACUUUUUGAUCCACUGGAACGGCAUCAAGAGGGCACUUUUUAUGUUACAUCCACCAGAGGAGCAUCUAGAGCACAAUUUUCUAACUUUUUAUUUUACGAUAGGGCAUCAAAUGGACACUACUUUUUGUUGGAAACACUGGAAGGGAAACCAAAUGACACUACCCACUGAGCAUUUUUUGGUCUAAAAGAGGUCUAAUAGACGUCUAAAUGUAAUCUAGACAACUUGCCUAAAAUCAGGCUACCACAGGUCUAAAAAUGACAGUUUUCAGUUGUCUAAAUUUAGACCGAGUUUAGACUACCCAGCUAACAGAGGUCUACCAGUAUAUUGCUCAAUGGCUAUCACAAUUAUUUUGGUUUAGUACUUGGAGAUCAGUUAUGUAACUUACAGUUGCUUUUUGAAAUAAAUACUUAUCGAAUAGCGGGUUAAAGUGCAACGUCUAAAUUCCGUCUACAGAUAUACAGAAUCUAGACGAUUGAAAUUACGUCUAAAAAAUAACUAGACGUGUAAUAGCCAUCUAUUGCUUAGUGGGUACUUUUGUUGAAACUGUAGGAAGGGCAUCCAGAGGGUACUAUUCAUGUAAAAUAGGGGCAUCCAGAGGGCAACUUUUCAUUGUUUUAUUUAUGAUAGGGCAUUCAUAGGACACUACUUUUUUUGUAACCACUGAAGGGGUAUCCAGAGAGUACUUUUCUAAAGGUUCAUAAACUGGAGGGGCAUUCAAAUGGCACUACUUUUGGUUGUUACCACAGGAGGGGCACCAAAAGUGUUCAAUUUCUAAGUUAUAUCCAUUGGAAGGGCAUCCAGAGGGCGCUUCUCUAAUGUCUUAUAUACCAAAAGGGCAUCCGGAGAGCACUUUUCUGAUGUUUUUUACACUGCAAGGGCAUACAAAGUGCACUAUUUCUGUGUGAUAUGUAUUGGAAUGGCAUUCAGAGGAUGUGUUUUUUAUAUUAGAUAUCCUGGAAUAGCAUCCAGGGAGCACUAUUCUUUGUUUUUACCAUUGGAAGGGUACCCAAAGUGCUCUAACUUCAAGUUAUAUCCAUUGGAAAGGCCUUCAAUAUUUUAUAUACUGAGGGGUUAUCCAAAGAGUAUGUCUUUGUUGCUACCACUGGAAAGGUAUCCAGGGGCCAGUGGCGGUUCUAGACCAAAUUACUCCCCGGGCGAGCACCCCCUCCAAGUGCCCCCCCCCCCCCCCCCCACACACACACACACACACAAACACAAAAAGAGAUAGAAUUUUGAACAGAUAGUUUUGUAUUACUAUGUAGUAUUAUUAUUAUCAUAACAAAAAAAAUAAUAUAUUUCUCAAUUGCAGAAAUCCAUUUUGGGCCAUUUUGAGAAGGGCCCCCAGAUCCUGAGGUUCUCUGACGUGUUAAGGUUUACAAAACAGCUGCUAUCUCGGCCUCUGUAGUAGAUAGAAACAAAAUUCAAAAAGUAUUGGAGAGCUUAAACAUGUGGCUUUCAAGAAAGCUCUCUUUAAGUUUUGCGAACCUUCAUCACAUCUUUGAAAAAGAACAAACAAACUCAAAUGAAAUAAGGCGGCUGUAUAAAUAAAAGUAAAGGCUCUGCACUGGAGAAUGACAAAUAAUUUGCUUUCUGUUAAACAAGUGGCAGUCAUGAUAAAGUGUCCAUUCAAUAGAAAUGUAAAUAUAGAAAAUAAGGUGUUGAAAGGGUAAACAGCUGCCCCAGUAUAGUGCCAGUACAAAAGCAGAACUAAAAACUAAAAAAUGAAUAAAUAAAUACGUGGCUGACAGUGUGUUCAUCUCUGUUCUCACCCAAAGUCAUGCAACACUCAGAGAAAACGCUGAUAGUGUGAGCCAAAGCACUCCAUAUGAAGAGGUUGUUCACACUGCUGGAUGUUUCUCCUCUGAAGCUGCUCUCUGUCUCGGUCAUUGUUUACUUUACUCAUUAAGCUCAUCAAGCAUGUAGCAAGAUCCGAGCAUGAACCCGAGCGCUUUAUUCGCCUAUCAAAGGCAGACGGGUACGGUGAUUUCACUCACCGCGACUCCAGAAAUGAUUAAAAAACUACAAAAUGACGUAUCCGCGCUCCCGCUGAUAUGCUGACAUGCGUACACAGAGCAGAGCUGUCCCCCCGCGACUCUCUCCCCGCCUCGUCUCCUACAGUCUGUCAGCCUCUGUGCAGCACCUUCGGAGCAAGCAGGGGCGCCUACAGCAACGGGGGGCGCCAAUUUGACAACAAGAGUUAAUACAAAACCGCUUUGCGGUUAAGAUUUUUUAUUAUUAUCUUUUAUUUUAUUUUUUUGGAAGUGCUCGUGCCGCCCCCCAUGAGUCAUGACACAAAUGCCGCCCCGGGCGGCUGCCCUGUUCGCCCGUGCCUAGAACCGCUACUGCCAGGGGCACAUUCAAUAUCUCACAAAGUAAAACCCUUUUGUGUUGGUCUCUUCGGAACCCCUUCAAGUGUGGUCUUGGUAUUUUGCUGACCAGUUAAAUAUACCUACUUCUACCUGUGUGUUUUGCAUGUGCAGUUAAUUCAUUUUCUCCCCCUGUCUAUGCUCUGUAACUAGCUUGUCAAUAUCUGUGUGUUUCGGGAACUUCAGUGUAACAUAAGGGCCCAAAGCUGGCUGCUGUUUCUCCUGCAGCAGACUUCGGGCCUGGGGACUUGUGGAAACAGACGGCUCAGGCCUGAUGUGUUGACAAGUCUGCUGAGCGGCCGCAGUGGAGAGAGUCCUGAGGGGAGCCAUUCAUACAUGCUGACAUGUACUUGAGACAUAACCCAGAUAUGAUCGGUGCUGACAGGAAACAUAGUCUCAGAAGCCCAAAUUUACAAGAACCGAAUAUUUCUGAAUUCACCAAAACAUACAAAGAUGUUUGGGAUGAAUAUUUUUCAUUCUGUUCAACUUAAUUCAAUUCUACUUGACCUGCAGCAUUCAGUGAUGCAAAACAAAAUAAUGCAAUAACAAAACCUGAGUCAGAUAUUCAUUCAAUUUUAUAUUUUUGGUUCUCAGUGUACAUAAAAUUUGGGGAAAUGCAAACAAUCCAAAUACUCAAAUACAAUCACAUUUAUAGGGAAUAAGGUUUUCUCUGAAAUGGUGACACAACACGAGUAAUCAACCGAGACACAUUUGCUGUCUGUGCUUGUUUACGUCUAGCAUAAAGAGCUCAUUAUAGCAAGGGUACACUCCUAAUUUCAUCCUUUUACAGAAACAUGCGGUUAUUUUAUUACUAUCAACUAUCAAAAGCUGAAGUCAAAGGUUGAUUCUACUCUGGGAGCACUCAAUGUCAUUGCUUGAUUUCUUAUCAAUGAAUUAUUUUAUUUUGUUGUUCUCCAUCUUCUUAGGAAGCAACAGAAAACAGUUUGUAUCAUCCACUGAGGGAAGCUUGGCCGUCUUUUCCAGAGUCCCAAGUUCCUCUCUGUGUGCCAAGAAAUCCUGCAGUCAAGUAUUUGUGACAGACAGCUGAUAAUCAGGCUAAACCUGCUCUUCUCUCUCUCUCUCUCUCUCUGUCUGUCUGUCCCCACAGGCUGAUCGUCUCUUCUGCUGAGCCCUGACAGGACUGAGGGUCUGUCCAAUUUGAGAUCAGCUGUCUCCAUUUCAGCACAGUCUGGCCUCUCCCAUCCAAUGGAAUUAGACAUCAUUACUUAAUCAUUAGCUUUCUGGCAGCUGAGAGGCUUUUUAGCACCAAUAAACUGCCUUAAGUCUCGAUCUGUCAGGGAAGAGAAGACCACAACGAAGGCGCUUAUGAUUGUAGCUCCUGGUGGAAUAAAAGCUCAAUAAGGUUGAAUUAAAAGACUUUUAGUGCCUGAUCUCUUCGUGCCAAGAUGGAUGAAACACAAAACAACAGGACUUCCUUGGUUAAAGGCGCCAAAGACAUCGCCAAAGAGGCCAAGAGGCACGCCUCCAAAAAUUUCAGCAAAGCCGUGGAUCGUGCCUCAGAUGAGUACUCGACUCAUCGCAGCUACAACCGCUUUGAAAACGAGGACGAAGAAGAUGGCAACUACAAUUCCUACCAUCAGCAAGAUGGCCACUACGCUGACAACGCCGCCAACGACGAGGAAGGGGCCUCCAGUGAUGCUACAGAAGGCCACGAUGAUGAAGACGAGAUCUACGAAGGGGAGUACCAAGGUGUGCCGGCCUUUAACGACGGGAAACAGCGGGACGGUCAGGUGGCUUUAGGCCAGCCGGUUCCUGACAGUCAGAAGAGCCAUAAAGAGCUGGAGAACGAGAGGCAGGCUGACGAGGAGGAGCUGGCCCAGCAGUACGAGCUGAUCAUGCAGGAGUGCGGACACGGGAGGUUCCAGUGGCAGCUGUUCUUUGUUCUGGGGCUGGCCCUCAUGUCGGACGGCGUGGAGGUGUUCGUGGUGGGAUUCGUCCUGCCAAGUGCUGAGACGGACAUGUGUGUCCCAAACUCAGGAGCUGGGUGGCUUGGUAAGGAAUUUAUUGUUUGUUGUAAAUGGAGACUCACUUCAACAAGGGCUUUGCUAAGUUAGAGAGUUAAACAAAUGUUGGGGCUAUCAAAUGAUUAAUCUUUUAAUCGCGAUUAAUUGCAGAAUAACAAUAAUCGUGAUAAAUCACAGUUUAAAUUCACCAUCACUGAGAGGAAAGAGACAGAAAUAAAGUGCUCAUUCUGUCAAAUAAAGCUUUGACUUUUACUUUAGGAGAUUCAUCUCUGUGGAUUUUUGCCAUUAUUUUGAAAGGACAGGACAGCAGAUUGUUGAGGCACAUGUAAGAAAGGGGCUGUAGGCUGGAAACAAAUCUAAGCUGCCUGUGCAGCCUCUGUAUAUGGGAUCUGCCCCAGAUCGUCCCCUGGAGUGUUAAUUUAACUUUCAAAAAUGAUUUAGCUCUAAAUUAAGGUGUAAGCAUAAGAGCAUGUGCAAAAUGUUAAGUCAGUGUCAACAUUCCCGCCAAAGUCCAGAGAUUUCUGGUUAGUUCUGCUGCUUUUGCAUGUUUCAGGAGUUCCACUUACACCUACAAUCCUUCGUCAGCCUUGGGACGGGAGGGCUCUAUUUUCGUGCUUCGCCAGAGACAUGGCGCAGGCGUGGCGUAAGUCAGCUCCGCCGCGCUGACAAGGGGUUCCCAAGCACAAUUUGGUAUUUUGGUUAGCGGCGCACCCCGGCAUAAGUAUCCCCCCUCCCCAACUCAGCUCCUCCCAGUGGCCUAAGUCAUAGCGAGGGAGGAGAGAGGGCAUGGAGUGGAUUUAACACAGCCGAGACAUGUAUUGACCAAUCACAUCAGCUAUAUCAAUUGGUCACAUGACAUGGAAGCUAUUGAAGAAAAACAGCCUUGUUUGAGAACAUCAAUCGGUAAUUUAUUGAUGGUCCCUUAUUCAACACACGACAUUGACAGUGAGGAUGCCGAGUAGAUUUAACCGCGCUGCUGUUGCUAUUCCUGGUUAUGGAGAGUGAGAAGACACUGGUAGAUCUGCAGUGAGUGUCCGUCGCAUAUCCAACCUAAAACUAACUUCACCGCAGUAUUUACAGGAAAAAACAUUUGUUGCCUCGGCUGAUUUUUUUUUAUGUGCACAUGUGCCCCUAAAUACAUUUUACAAUUUGCACACAUCUAUUUUUAGUUGCAAAUGUGAUUGAACAGUCGCACUGUCGAGCCCUGCACAUUGAUCCACACUUUCUAUCCCACAUGUGGCCUGUUUGCACCUGGUCACUCUACAUGGGAACUGUCAGUCUUCAACCUCUGAAAAUUCCUCUGGUUUUGUCCCAACAUAAAAAGUCCUUAUUGUGCCUUUAAGUCAUAUUUACUUUCAUUUUGCAAUAGAGACAAAAACCUCAAACCUGACCCGACAGAGUGAAUUAACAGCAUUAGGCUCAGCUUAAUUGGAUUACAGAGUGAUUAAUGGAACAAACCAAGAUGGAGAACAGUAGUGCUUGUUUUAAGUGAUGAAUGAGGACGCAGGUCAAAGCCUGAAGGCUGAGUGUUAGUGAGUGAAAUCCACAGCCUCUCUGCUGGAUGUGAGGUGUCUUGGGUUUCGAUUCAUCCUCCUUGUUCUCUUAUUAGUGAGAAAUUCUGGCAUUGAUGUUGAUAAGGAGCCUCCUGAAUCUCCUGUUUGCAGAAAAUAACAAUCCAGCCGAAAGUUUGCAGACACAGAAAUCCACUCUGACAGCUAAGGUGCAGAUUUGGAACAAAGGAAAUGUGUUUACCGUCUGUUUGUGACGUGCCGGGCUGUACAUGGAGAGAGCGCUGGUGGGUGACACUGAACAGCAGUUAUCUCAUUGCUUUAGUAGCUUGCCAAUGGGUUGUCAUGGCACCAGGUAUCUGGAUGCACGAGUGGGAGGUGUGUUAAGCGAGAUGAAUUUCUCCCACACCGGGGAAAAGUUGUGCGUCUGGUGUGUUUGUUUGCUCACAAAUAUGAGAAAUAGCCGCACGGCGUUGGCAGUCUUUCCCACUUAGUGUUCUGUUUCCACGAUCAGUGUUAGAUUAAAAGAUUAGUCACUUCCCAUUUAAAGGCGACGACGGGCUUCUCACUCUACGAUUUGAUGGUUCGAUUACAUAAAAAGAAAAUGUUACCUUUGUUUGUUUUUGUUUCAUUAUUCACCCAGAUUUCACCCAGAUUCUGACUCAUCUCUCAGUGGGAGAUGGCAGAGAGAGCGAGAAUAUAGAGAGAGAGUGACUCAUUUUACCAGCUCGCACACACAUGCUGUAUAAAUAAUGUAUGUGAGUGUUUCCUCACUUGUGGAUGUAAACCUGUCACAAUAGAGCUGAUUGGUGUUUAACCGCAGCUUUUCUGUGAAGGUUAAGUGACUCUUUGAAGUGCUCGGUAAGAGUCUCGUGAGUGGACACUCUUCUCCUCAAAGAGACUAAAAACAAGAGAGUGAGGGACGAAUCCUCCUCAUCGGUUAGGGCGCCACAUUUUUAAUCUCUGCAAAUUUACAUAUAAUUAAAUUAGAGUCUGAGAGCAUGCUUUAAGGAGAUGCUUUAACAGGCAUCAUGAAUCUUCAGCAGGCUGGGAGCUGGAGUAAACUCCGCUGGAUCAGGUCCUAUAUGUUACAUCACCUUUACAGAAAUAGAUAUUGAUUAGGUAGAAAGGGCUUUUCCAGCUAUGCCCAGCUGACUCAUUCUGAGGUCAGGACUCCUGCCAGGUUGUGUUACGUUGCCUUUCGCACUGUAUUGAGCCGUGGGAGUUUUUCAGGUUGUCGUAUAUAAGCGCCCUCUGGAUAAAAAGAAGAGUAUGUGCUGCACUCUUGGACGCAAACAGGGGGACUCAAAGCAUGCAAUAUGAACUUUACUCAGACAGAGUUACAGGUGAUACCGAAAUACUGGAGUGUCAGCUUAGUAAGGCUGAAUACUGCAGAGAAUCUGGUGUGUGGGACACCUAUGAGGUCCUGCAGGAGUCUUUUAACUACAAAUACACCAACAAAGAUAUGACAAAUGAUGACUUUGUCGUCUAUUAAGUCACUUGUCACGUGACCAAAACCUUUUCUUUCUACAUGCAGGUGAAUUAGAGUAAGUUUAACAGAGAGCCAAACAAAUGCUGACUCAUAGUGCACACUAAAAACUAGGGCUGUCUUGAUACAACUUUUUGACCUCCAAUAUGAUACUGAUAUUAAAACCCUCAGUAUUGAUCAUUACUGAUAUUGAUCGGAUAUCAGCACAAACUUGUGCAUGACAAGUUUUGCACUCAGCUGCAACGUCUUCUUCGGACUUGAACAAAAAAUACUGCCACACGGCCGACAUCACUCCUACUCCUUGCUACUUUGUUAGUACCUUAGUACACACUGUUGUUGUGAUUACGUGGGCUCUGCGUGCUGGAUCUGGGUGCUGCUAGCUAGAGGUGCUGGAGCAGAGUCUGGAGUGGACUGCUUGUAUUGAAAUGCUGAUAUUGGAGAUUUUAGAUGCAGGCCGAUAUAAUCCAAUAUUUGUUUUUUCUGUGGAUAUCCGACCUAUAUCCGAUCCGACUGUAUCGGGACACCCCUACUAAAAACAGAAAGGUGCCAGCAGUCCCAAUUAAACACAAAACUUUUAUUAAUUAAAGUUUUGAACUGUUACGAACUAACUUCACAUUAUUAGAUUUCUGUGAGGAUCUGAGCACGAGCGGUGCAGCUAACUCAACUCAACUCAACUCAACUUUAUUUGUAAAGAUACUAAGCUAAGAGAGUGAAGAUACUGACAGCUUAUCACUUUAAACCGCACAGAGCUGCAAAACCUUACAGGCGUUUUUGUGCAUAAGUAUUUUAGCCAGACAUGUUUUACGUGGACAGGUUAAUACUGUUAACAGCUGCUAUUUAUUCUCAGUGACUCCUUCCCAACUUUGGAGAGUAUACACAAACAUUUUUGUCUUUUAAUCACAGAUAUUCCUUUACAAAUUCACCCUUACCCAUGCUUAUUGGUCCUAUACUUGUAGGAUAUGACGCCUCAUUCAAAUCAGUGUGAAGUUUAAUGCAACUUUAGCCUUUCAGGUUAAGAAUCAGACCCAAACUUCUAUUACAUAAAGCUUCUUACCAUAGAAAACACAAUAUUUUACAGAUAAUGUGUCUCCAUUGGAUUUUAAAAAAGUUCCUCUGAAGUUUUACUGAGUAUGUGUUGUGUAAGUAGUGUUGUUCUACCAGUUUUAAUGCAAAAUUAUCUUACUUUAGGCACAGUAUAAAGGGUCCAUCCAUGAUUAUUAGCCAGAAAGAGGUAAUAGACAAUUUCAGACAGUCUCUUAGAAAAGAAAGUUUGGUGGUGUGUUCGUGUAUGAAUCAAAAGGUGGGAAAUCAGACCGCGGACAUGUCUUGUUCCUCACCUUCAUGGACCUGACUGAGCAAAUUUAGGAGUUUUCCAGGUUGUUAAUUUUACAGAAAUUUCUGAGAGAAGUGUGGGUCUCAGUUUGAAGUAUGUUGGCAAAUCUGAUAUCAGAUCUGUGGAUUUAGAAAAUGGUUUUAGCAAUGAACAAAAUACUUAAAACAAAAAAACUCCACUGCAAAUGUACUCUCAGGUAAAAAAAGCAGAAUAAUUUGUACAAAAACAAGUUUAUUUAAUAGUUUAAUGCUGUUUUUUUGCUUUAGUGUGUAAAUUAGAAAAUAUUUUCUUAUUAUUAUGAAAAAACACUUCCUAAUAAUCAACCUUUUCACCACCCAUUGAUUUAACAAACCAUGAAAAUAUUUUAAGAUUUCAUUUUUACGUAAUAAAUCCACCACAAAACUCCAAAUCAAUGAGCCAAACAUCAUCCAAACAGAUGGCUGAUCCUUUUGAAAGGACUUUAAAUGCAUGUAAUUGAUGCUCACUUCAGAGUUUCAUUAUUCAUUCAUAAGGAUGCUCCUCUUAAUCCACUCUGAGUUUUCCAUGAAAAAAAAAAAAAAAAAAGUUCUCUGUGAUUUAAUACAAAAGGUGAGAUGUUAUCCAGAUCUGGGAUGUUCCUGUAUUUUCCCUCCCGGCUCUCCGGCUCUUGUCUGUCCUCUGUAUACCCUCCCGCUGUAAUCCCCCUCUUACACCCUCUCUGUGUCUCAUAGCCGUGCAGCCGAUCUGAAGAUAUGUGCUGGAGUUAAUCUCUGCAGCAUUGUGCUUCACUGCAGUUUAGCCAUGGUAGACUGGCUCACGUAGCUCUCCGGAGAAAAAGAGGGUGGGGGUUGGAGGGGAGGAGUGCUGCUUUUAUACACCUCCUCUGUUUUUUCUCUUCUACAACAUAUGGCUGAAAUUUCUCUGCAGGCGUUUUUUCUGCACCACAGUUACAGUUUUAGGUUCUUCAGUAAUAUGUUGUGUUGUUGCUGCUGUUGUUAUUGUUGUUAUUUCGCUCUUUUAUGUGUUGCGGUUUCUCUUGGUUUACAAUCACAAAGUCCAUCGACAGCUGAAGUGAGCCAACACAAAGCGGUGAUAAACAGCCUCUGCUGCUGCAGCCCGAGGUUAGCUAAUUAAAACAUCCAGGGACACUGGCCACCAUCUCUUCAUCCUCUGUCCUCCUCUCUUUCUCCUUCACAACAAAAGCACCAAGACAGGAUCGACUCUCCCAUUCAGGGUCUGGGCAGAGGGGUCACAAUUCAACAUGGAUUAACCAUAAAACCUCACUGAGUGGUCUUGUGGUUCUUGAAUUUUCUCGAAAAACUCCCUCUUGGAUUUCUGCUCGUUUGUUUAUUUUAAUCAUAUUAACUCUUCUCACUAAAUAAAAAGUCUUCUUUGGAUUGGCUCCUUUCAAAAACUGCACCUCGAAACAAACCUCAAUAGACACCAACGGAUACCACAACCUAAACUGGUAACUUCAAACUGAGCAUAUCAGACCCCAAAGGAUGUAGGUGUCUUGAACAGUUUGUAGAAAUUAACAAUGUGAAAUCAAGUAGACAGAAAGUAAAUUGUGGAGUCCCUCAAGGAUCCGUUUUGGGGCCAAAACUAUUUAUUUUAUACAUCAAUGAUAUCUGCAAUGUGUCAAACCUUCUUAAUUAUGUCUUAUUUGCGGACGAUACUAACUUGUUUUGUCAUGGGAAAGACCUGGAAGAGCUUCUGAAGACUAUUGAAGUGGAAUUGAACAAACUCAAAAUGUGGUUUGACCGGAACAAACUAUCCCCGAACAUAGGUAAGACAAAACUCAUGAUAUUUGGGAACCGAAAGAUUGAAAAAGAAGUCACAUUAAGAAUAAAUAACAUCACUAUUGAAAGAGUUUACGAAUACAAAUUUCUCGGAGUAUUAAUUGACCACAAAUUAAACUGGAAACCUCACAUUGAUCAGGUAAAGAGGAAAAUGUCAAAAACUAUUGCCAUACUACAUACAUCCAGGGAAAUCCUGAAUAAGAACUCACUAUAUUUACUAUACUGUUCCCUUAUAAUCCCAUAUAUGACAUACUGUAUAGAGAAUUGGGGAAAUAUCUAUAAGACAAAUGUCAAUCCUAUAUUUAUACUACAAAAAAGAGCUAUAAGAAUAGUCAUGGGAGCAGAGUAUCGUGAGCCAACAAACGAUUUAUUCAUCAAACUUCAUACUCUUAAAUUCUUUGAUCUAGUUAAUCUCCAAACCUUUAUUGAUUUUGUUGAAAGCACAUAACAAUCUGCUGCCAUGUAGUCUCCAGAAGCUGUUUGUAAUCAAAGAUACCUAAUAUAAACUUGGAAGUAUAGGUAUGUUUACAAAAACACUAGUUAGGACUAAUACAAAACAACAUUGUGUAUCUGUAAAAGGUGUAAGUCUGUGGACAUGCUGCGAUAAGGACUUGAGGAAGUGCAGUUCAAUCUACAUGUUUAAAAAAGCGUUCAAAAACAUGAUGAUUAUAAAGUACAAGGAAGCUGAAGAAUCACUUUAGACUGACCUGAAAAACCUUAGAGGGUGUCUGUAUCCCCUGAUGGGUUUUGACAAGUAUUUUGUUCUUGUUCAUUAUGUAUUUCUUUAUUUUAAAAUUUUCUCUGUAUAGAAGAAAAAAAACAUAUGUAUAAAAAUGUCAUGAAAACUCUGUAUGUGGAAGGGGUAGGCGCAAUAAGCUGAUAGCUUCAGCCUAUACCCUUUUUUGGUCAAACCAAGUAAUUAACAGUAUUUAUUAUUUCUAACUCCCAUGUAUUAUGUAAUAUAACUGUUUACAUGAACGGAUUACCAAAAUAAACUAAACUAUGAACUAUGAAUACUGACCAUCACAGACCACGUAGGGAUUACCAAAACUCACCAAAACAGACAACAACAGACAACAAUUAGUGGUCAACUCAACAGGUACCAUAAGACCGAGCACCCCAACAGGAUUUUUGUGACCCAUGAUCACAAACCCCAACAGGUACCCUGAAACAAACCCUAACAAACCCCAAAGAGAAUCUAGACCCUGUCUAAAACGGAUCCCAGUAAAUAACUUCAAACUUAUCCACCACAGACUUAACUGGACCUUUGCAACCCACCAAAACAGACCCCUAAUGAUCUUCAAACUAACCAUUACAGGCACCAUGAACCAGACAACAACGGAUGCCUGAAACUGACUCAGAAAGUCACCUGAAGCCUGACCAGGUCACAACCUCACCCCCAAUUUCCACCGCAUCUGGAAUGGCUUCAAAAAGGCUGUAUCUACUGAUUGUAGCUGAUUGUAACCAUUCAAGUUAAUUUGUAAAUUUCCACCGGCUUCUUUAUAACUUUAUAACGGAACUAUAUUCUAUUUUUUUGGACGCCGGAGCAUGCUGGAUAAAUUCAGCACAGAUUAACACGUGCUGGAAGGUAAGUCAGGCCCAGACAAAAAAUAAACCAUCCGGCUUCUUUUCAAAAUAAAACACUCCGUGUUUCAGGCAGAUCGUAUCUCACAGCAUGCAAACAGGUGGGGACGAACAAGCGAGAGGUUUAUAGACAGCAUUUCGUCUCGAUGACACCAUGGAUGAGAGGAUGCUGAUUUUAGCAGUCUAAUAGAUUUCCUCCUCUGGAAGGACACAAUCUACUGCUUAUAUGGUUUGCCUAUGUGGCUAAAGACAACUUGAUAUCACAUGAUUGCACUUGAAUCUGCAGGUUCUUGUGAGUUCUUGCGAUUUCUGCUGUCUGUAAUCCGCCAUGAAAUUCGCCUCACAAACGAACCCAGUAAGGAAUUGGCGUACGGUGAAAAUCACUGCUGUUCUGGAUCAGAGCUGUUCCGAAUGCAGUGGAAAUCUGAACACAACACACUUCCUGCAACUCAUUCCAACUGGUCCUUCAAAACUGACCUGAACAGGCCUAAACAGGCUCCCAUAAACCUGGUUCAACUAGUCUCAAUAGGUCUUGUGUAAAGGUCCCAGCGGGGUUUUAUUUUAUAUACCGGUUCCCAUAUGCCUAAAAAAAAUAAGCUUUUUUUUUUUUGUUAAUUGUUUCCAGAUCUUUCCAGAAUUAUCAGCAACAAAGAGUGUUGAUAGAAAACAUUUCCAAUCAUCUAUCCUCACCUGAACACAAAAUUCCUGACUGGCCCUGAACUCAUCCCAGCCGGCUGAUUAGAGCGAAGACUUAAUCAUUUUUAUGCUGUGAUAAUGGUUUGCCUCUGAACUGGAUGGAUCCCUUUAGGUGGUAAAUUUCUGUGUAACAGUGUUUGAGUCUUUGAGAGAAACGGCACCAUUACAAAAACAAAUCAGCAGGUGUUGAUGUAAUUAAAACCCCGGGAAUGUGCCUCGCUCCCAUGGGUGUACCCUCCUCCUCUGCUGCAGCCCACCUGUCAAUCACACACAGUCCUCUGGGAGUUCCCUCAGCUGUUGAAACCCUGAAGCUCUCACGAAAUGUCCUGAACGGUCCCGCUGAGGAAAUUAGCGCCACAUUCAGCCGACUGCUGUCUGUCUGUCUGCCUGAGCUCUCCUCUCAUCCAUGCCCGGACUCUGAGAAAACAGAGCAGAAAGAUGUCAACAGAGAAUUACACUCACACAUAAGAGCUAAUUACUAAAAGCAGAGAAAAGAGCAGCAGUGUGCAUGGAGACGGUUUAAGAGUUAGCUGAAUGAAUCCCUGUAGAUGCACAGUGUACCGUUAAAAAGAGCACAGACGCUCUCUGAUGGGAGGAGAAGAGAUUAGCUCUUUAACUCAGGUGAGCUCACCACAACUUUAGUGAGACUGACUGUGUAACAGCAUCUUCAUUCAGAGCUCUAGAUAGAAAGAGUUCACAUGUUACCAUUCUGUAUAAAACGGAUCUAUGAAACCCGUCAGAGCCAGAGACAAGAUUUUCUUUAAAUCAACAACCGUGGAGUUUCUCUUUCGAGUUUUAUUUUCUGAACGUUGAUUCAUGGAAUUACCGUAUUCCCAUUUUAGAAAUGAAUGACUGAGUCAGUUAAUGUACAAAAAAAGGAAUGGAUGAUGAAGAAAAGGGAUGGAUGGAUGAAUUGGUGGUUAACACAGGUGAUCAAUAGGUGAAUGUACAGAUGGGUUACUGGAUGGAUAGAGAGUUAAAAGGAUGGAUGAAUUAGUUGAUGUUACAUGAAAGGAUGGAUGGAUGUUGUGUUAAAGGACAAGAAGAUGGAUUGAUGAAUGAUGGAUGAAUUACAGGUGGUUGGACAGAUGUAAGGAUGGAUGGAUGGAGUGAUGAAUGGAUGAUGUAUGACAAAACAGGAAGAUAGAUUGAUAUGAGGAUGAUAGAUAAAGUACAAGUGGGUGGGUGGAUGGAUGGAUGAUGGAUGGAUGGAUGGAUGGAUACAAAGGUAAAAGGAUAGAAGAUGAAUGGACUAAUGCUUUGAUGAGAGGAUGGAUGGAUGAUGGACGGGUGAACAGAUGGAUGGAAUGGAUCAGUGGUUAAACAGAUGGAUGGAUGAAUAGGUGGAUGGAUGAUGUAUGGAUUGAUUGAUGGAUGAAAAGUUAAAAGAUAGAAAAUGGACGAAUGUUUUGAUGAGAGGAUGAAUGGAUGAUGGAUAUAAAUAUAAAAACAGAUGGGUGAACAGGUGGAACGAUGGAUGGAUGGAUAGAUUCGUGGGAUAUAUAGAUGAAAUUGAUCAGUGGUUAGCCAGAUGGAUGGAUGAAUAGGUGGAUGGAUGAUGUAUAAAGGAAGAGAUGGAUAAUAACUUGAUGGCUAAUUAAAUGUAUCAACGGAUAGAAUUGAUCGGUGAUUGGACAGAUGAAUGGAUGAAUAGACCACUUUAUUUAUAAAUGAAUAAAGGAAUAGAGAUAAAUGAGUAGUAGUACAUGUGGGAGAGAUUGAUGGAUUGUUGGACAAAUAAACUGGUGGAUGGAUGAAAGGAUAAACGGUGGAUGAUGGAUAGAAAGAUGGAUUGUUGGGUAAGUAAACAGAUGGAUGGAUGAAUGGAUGAAAAGUGGAUGAUGGAUAGAUUGAUGAAUUGUUGGAUGAAUUAAUUGGUGGAUGGAUGAAUAGAUGAAAAAGGGAUGAUGGAUAGAUUGAUAAGUUGUUGGAUGGGUAAACUGGUGGAUGGAUGAAUGGUGGAUGAUGGAUACAUAGAUUGUUGGAUAAAUAAACUGAUGGAUGGAUGAACUGUAGAUGAUGGACAGAUUGAUGGAUUGUUAGAAAAAUAAUCUGAUGGAUGGAUGGAUAGAUCAAAGAUUAAAGUUGGAUCAUGAAUAGAUUGAUGAAUUGUUGGAUGAGUAAACUGGUGCAUGGAUGAAUGGAUGAACGGUGGAUGAUGGAGAGAUUGAUAAAUUGUUGGAUGAAUGAACUGAUGGAUGGAUGAAUGUAUGGAUGAAUGGUGGAUGAUGGAUAGAUCAAUGGGUUGUUGGAUGAAUAAACUGAUGGAUGAAUAAACAGUGGUUGAUGGAUAGGAUGAUGGAUUGUUGCAUGAAUUAACUGGUGGAUGGAUGAAUGGAUGAACAGUGGGUGAUGGAUAGAUUGAUGAAUUGUUGGAUGAAUUAACUCGUGGAUAGAUGAAUAGAUAAAUGGUGGAUGAUGGACAGAUCAAUGGAUUGUUGGAUGAAUAAACUGAUAGGUGGAUGGAUGGAUGAAUGGAUGAUUGUUGAUGAUGGAUAGAUUGCGGCUGAUGUUUUCAACCUGAAUCACAAACAGUUGUGACCCAAAAAUAACAAACUGAUGAACUUGUUAAUAUUGAAUCAUCUAAAGUUACUACACUGUGAAUUGCUCUGAUUGACUAUAUUGGUGUCGGUGAACACAUGAAGCCUCUCAAACACAUUAAAAACCCACCUGCUGUCCUUUUUGUCCUGCAGCUUUGAACCGACCCUCCGUCAUUUACAUUAAAACCGCAAACUUAACGCUAGAGGAGGUUUAAAGGUCUGACCUGCGUUUGAACCCUGCAGGAAAUCACAAAUCCAAUCUCAGUAAGAUUCAUACUGUGUCUCAGAUGCCCUAUCACCCCACUCCCCUCCCCCUUUAUUACAGAUACAAACCCUCACUGCAAGGGGAGCCAUAAAACAAAUGAGCCGCUGUUACAAAGAUAGCAUCUCCGUACACAUGCAGCGUUUGUGAGCAGUUACACAGAUAAAAAGAUGUGCCCAGUUUGUGCCGAGUGCAGCACUUUUGAUGUUGGGGUUGAUAUUUGUGAGCCAGCAGAGGGGCUGUUUGCUCCAUAUAUCCUGCUGCCUAUAGCAGAGUCUCCUCUGCAGCAGCUGUGCAUAGAUAGACCCAGCGGCUGUCACCUGUAAUGAAUCACUGGCUCUCAGCAUCAUGUCUGCGCUGCUUGAUAAGACUCUCUACUUUCAGCGUAUCUGUCCCAUCACCUCAAACACUGAGGACGAGAAAAAGAAAGAGAAAGAGAAAGAAAAAAAAAGAGUUCCUCUCUUCUGCCUUUUCGUUCUGCUGCGUUGUCAAACAAACGCAUCACCCCCCCUACAAACACAUUAGCAUUUUUAUUAGCACAUAGAGUAAAGUGAAUUAUUUACUGGCCUGACAACCCCCCAGCCCUCUCUGUAAACCUUCCUUUGUGCUGCAUGGUGCGAGGACAGGAAGAGAAACGACCCCCAAGUCCUGCAGAAAAGAAGCUGCAAAAAAGGACUAACGCUUAGACUUUAAUACUUCUCAAUUUACUUCACUUUACCUGAGAAUAACUCUGAUUUCACAGAUAUUAUUUACAUAUUUACAGGAUUCAUGUGACUUCAAUGCUAUGAUGUAUAUGUUGGAGUAUCAAGGCCUAUGAAUGGAAAAAGAAAAACUAGAUUUCAAGAUUAAAGUUGUAAAAUUAAAACACUGUAUUCAGUAGUUUGUGAGCAAAGGGUUAGCAUGUGUCUUAAUUAGCCAAAACAGUGUGAUGAACUAUAGGGGGUGUCAUGUGAGUGGUAAUUUAUGCAGGUAUCCAAAUGUGAAACGACAAAGAAGAAGAAGCAGCUGCUAGCGAGCUAACAGUAGUAGCUCUCAGAGACAUGAGUCAGCACUUUUAAAAAAACUGACGCUCAGAAAUUUGAAGUGCCUCCUUUGGUUACGAAUCAAUUUAUACUUUCUAACCUUUUUUUUUUAAAUCUGUUUUUAUUCAAAUCCAACAGAAGCAGUUUAUACUUCAAAACACUGGUUUCAUGAAUAACUGAAUCCAAUAAGAAUCAGGAGUCUGUGAUUCACUUAAGUAAGAUAUCUCCAAAUCCAAAUAUGCUACUUAUUUGAAAACCAUGUUUUUUUGUCAGCAGAAAGACAGUAAUAAUAUUUAAGUUCUUAUACUUAAGUCCAAAGCUAGUGCUAUUGUUAAUUAAUAUUUUGGUGAGACGCAUGAUCAAUCAGUUAUAAUAGAGGAGGAGGGGUUUGUGAUAUAUGCUACAGGCAGGCACCAGGGGGAACUGUAAGAGCUUUGCUUGGUUUUACUGUGAUUAGAAGUGGAAAUCAAAAACAGGUUCCAUCCAAACUGGUUCUGACUAGUUGCUUGAUGCCUUCCAAAUCAAUAUAUUGACUCACUAUAAAAUCCACUUGCUUCGUGAGACCAGCAGCUCACGAAGCAGCUCUUUAACAUCCACAUAGUCCUCGAAAAACAAUGGUUAUCUGUGUAAAUUUACUGAUACAGUACAUUUUCUGUUGUUGGCUGAUUACUGACAUCUUUGUUAUAAGCCGAAUCAGUAUGAAUAAAAUCCUCAGCUGGACUAAAGUGAAAUCUAAUCUUUCUUAUCCUGCAGGAUAAAUGACUGGAAUAUCAAGUUACCACAUUAGGCAGCAGUCAAUAGAUAAAUGAAAUGCAAACAUAAAGCCUUUAUUUGAACAUGUUAUUAGCUGUGCACAGGCAGAUCUGGCAGCAGCUGUUUUUACACUUUGUUUUUCCUUCGAUGGGAAUCCUCAUUGUUUGUCCACAGAUAAUGAACCUACCUUCCUACCUACCGCAGACUGUCGACAGUGAAGUCCAGACACUGACAAUCAUAAUUAGAGGGAGGAAAUGGAAAAGUAAAGCUUCAUUCCAGUUGAUGUACAGUGUUGAGUUAAUCGAUUUCAGCUCUGCUAUUUUUAUGGACGUACACUUUAUAUGACCUCUCAGUGUUCUGUCGAUAACCGGGAAACAACAGAACCAAUUUCAGCCCAAGCUCUAUAUUACUCAGGAGAUGCACCUGCAAGGCACCGCUUUAUGUGUUAGUGCGUGAUUGGCUGCUGUGGGUGAGGAUUUGUGAGCAGCUGGACCUUGUAUUCCUGCUGUGUCACCGGGUGCAGACCGAACUAGAAGACUAACAAAGUUCCCAUUUGGUAUUGUGCAAUGACCGGCACUCGUGUGUGAUAUUCAUGCACCUCAAAACUGGGGGAUUGGGAAUAAGAUAUAAAACUAAAAAUGGUUUAUGACUCAACAAGUUGUCGUGCACGUUACCUGAUUUCUACAAAACUGAUUCCAAUGUCUUGUUUUGGGUUAAUGACUUUUUUAUUUGGGUUUACAUCUUUCCCCUUUUUUUUUCCAGGCAGCAUCGUGUACCUGGGGAUGAUGUUCGGAGCUUUCUUCUGGGGCGGCCUCUCAGAUAAAGUGGGCCGCAGACAGUGCCUGCUGAUCUCCAUGUCUGUUAACGGCUUCUUCGCCUUCCUCUCCUCCUUCGUUCAAGGCUACAGCAUGUUCCUCUUCUGCCGCAUGGUAUCUGGCUUUGGGUGAGUCUGCUUAUCUCUUCCUUUGAAUAUCCAUCUCCCAGCGGUACCUCUGCUCUCUCUUCCCCUCCAAAGUCAGACAACAUGACAGGAGGUUACUCUGACUGCCUGGCACCAGCCCAUCUCCAACCCCCCUGAGUCGGAGUAGUGGGAAAAAUAAAAACCCAAAGCGUUUGCAGAAAUACAGCAGAGGAACAUCUGUGUGUUUUAGAGCCGCUGUGGUCUGCUUGGCUGCCCACAUCCUUCAUAAAGACCCGUCCCCCCAUCUCUGGACAGAUAUGACUGAUAAAGGUCACCUCCAAACCUUUAUAUAACACCAAGCUGAGCGACACCAAUGCAGUCAUAAUGGAAAGCCGUUUGUCCCACUGCUGUAUGAUUAUAUAUGAGACUGGACCAUUGCUAAUGACUCAAGAUGAUAUAUUGAAGGUCUGUGAUUGGCUUUAGAAGAUUCUGGUGAGAAAAAAGCAAGACCUUAUCUUUGCUAGUGGCCUUCAGCUUGUUUUGGGUGUUUCUCAUCUUGACAAAAACCCUUAAGCUGCUCUAUAGGGUUGAGGUCAGGCCAGUCAAGCUCAGAAAUACGGUCAACAACCAUUUGGUAGUAGUUAUGGCGCUAUGGGUAGGUGCAAAGUCCUGCUGGAAACAGGAACCAGCAUCCCUAUGAAGUUUUUCAGUAGACAAAAGUAUGAAGUGCUCUGAAAUGUUUGUUUUUCUUCAACUUGAACCAAUAAAUGUAGAUAAGACAGUUGGGGAUAAAGUUUCUCUUGCAUGUAUUCACCCAAACUGGCCCGAAUGUUCCAAUAUUUGAUAUUGGUAUCGGUCCCGAUACUGAAGAAAAUUCUAGAUCGGGUAUCGUGACAAUGGGCCCGAUGCAUAGGGGCCGAUCUAUUCAGUCUAACUCUAUGCUAUGCACUGUGAGUGGCAUCCACAAAUAAACAUGCUGAGUGGAUGCCCAUUUUGUUUUCAAAAUAGAGUGAGCAAAAGGGUCUGCUUUCUUGAACUUAAUCACACUACCUCAGCCUACAAGCUUGACAGCCACUUGCAAUACCUGCACAGUAAAUGUUCCAAGGGGAGGUGGUAAAACUUACGAAAAAAGGUAAUUCUGCGCACCUUUUCUGCAUUGGAAUUGGAUCGGUAUUGGCUGAUACUAAACUGUAGAUAUCUGUAUCGAUAUUGGAGGUUAAAAAUGCGAAUCGGUGCAUCCCUAUUCUGCACAUGCUCCACAGUUUACUUGCCAGGCUCUGACUUGGAAGUUGAACAGUAUAAAUGUAAUGAAGUAGGUCCAGGAGUGAACCAUUAUGCCAUUAUGUCACAUGGUGUGUCAGCCAGGAGACGGUCCAAUGGACAUCAGCUGAAAGGGGCCAUAUUUAAGUUUUGGUUACUUUAACUACUGCACUUUAAAUCAUGCUUUUAUAUAAAUAUAUGAAAUAUUCCGUUCUCCUAUAUAUGUAAUGGUGCUUUCAAGUGGAGCUUGAAGUUGUGAAGUUAAAACAUGUGCGCCACAUGAUCACAUGAAUUUUUAUUCAUACACAAAUGCUAAUUACAUACAUAUAUAUAUAUAUAUAUAUAUAUUUUUUUUUUUUUGGGGGGGGUGGUGCCUGUUAUUGAUUGCACAGGGUGAAAUGUGGGAAGAUAGAGAGAGAGGGGGGGGAGGACAUGCAGCAUAUGGUCGGGGCCAGACUCAAACCUGCAACCGUGGCCCUCAUACAUAGGGCGUGCUUACCCACUCUGCCUUCUGCUGGCCCCCCACAAAUGCUAAAAUUUAGCAUUUGCUUUAACACUGAAAAAGACAAAAUGACAUAUUAAAUGGAUUGACUAUUGCCACAGCCUGUUUUGAUCACUUACCAUAAUGACAUUUAUCAAACUAUGGGCUCUAGCUAGUAAGCUAAUUUAGCUGCUCUAAUUACAGGUAAAGGAGCUAAAUUAUGUCAGUUACAUAAUAACUUAAAUUAUUUUUGUGAAACUACUAUCUCUGAAAACUUCAUAAGAUUUAUCAUAACUUGUUCGGCCAUCUUUUUGAGGGACAUUCAGGGCUCAGCUGUGCGACCAUUUCACUUGCAUUUGCAACUAAAAAUAGAUGUGUGCGAAUUGUAAAAUGUAUUCAGGGGCACAUGUGCGCACAAAAUAAACUAUCACAAAAGUUUUCAAUUCUGGUUAUUGAGACAUACUUCAACAAAAAUGUCAAAAUCCUGCCAGAAAAGAUAAAGUCAGCUCCCAGCAUGUCUCCAUAUCAGCCAGCCUGUUGCCAUCAAGCUCGGUUUAACCACCUGUUUCUGCAGCAGACUCACCUGAUUUGCUCUUAUUUCACUGUUUGAUCACAGCUGUACGAGCAGAAAGCUGACUUUAAAAAUUAGCUCUUUCUUAAUGGUUCUGCGUUAAUUUGUCAUCAGUACCUUUAGCUUUUAUUCCAUCACUUUAUUCUCAAUCUGUAUGCAGAUGCACGCUGAUGUAGACGUUUAAAGAGAUUUAUGUUUAUGCAUGAAGCUUUGGGGAUAUGAGACGUUUCCUUUUUUUGCUGAAAUCUGCCUGAAUAGAUUCAAACAGAAAUGCUGAGUUUCUUUUUUUUUUUUUUCUAACCUGGGAGACAUACGCCUGAGUUUUUCUUGCCAGUUUGACCGCAUUCAGCUUGUUUCAUUAAGAGUUUCCUCACCUCAUUAACUCUGCUUCCAUAAGACGCCACAACAAAUAGCGAGAAAAGGAUGAGACAAGGAUUUAAGAUGCUAAUUUGUCAAAUCACACAGAUUAGGUUUCUGAGGCUGUCCCUGAAGAAUACAGGAAUAAAAUGUGAUUAAAUAUGAGCUAUCAUAAAUCAAUGCUGAGAUUUUAAUUUCAAGAAGACAUAUGUGCUUUAUGAUUAAAAAUUGGUCCUGUCUGAAGUCAAACGUAUCAAAGAUUCACUGGCGUUAAAUAUUGUAUUAAUACAAGAAAAAAAAAAAGCUCAGAAUAAACUAAAACUGAGUUUAACACUGAAAUGCGCAGAUUUAUGUAGCAGUGACAGUUUUAUAAUAAGACAGGAACAAUGUCCUUGCUCUCUCGCUGUCUGAGGCUCUGAACACUUGAAUUAGAUGCACAGAGUUCAGGGACCGUCAUCCACAGACCAUAAUAUUACAAUCUGUUCAAGCUGCAGACUGUGUGAAGCUCAGUGAUCAAAUAAAGCAGGUUUUUACCGACUCACUGAGAGCAGCACGCACAGUAAUACAUCAGAAAACUGCAGGAAAGUAGAAACUAUACAUUUGUUACAGCCAGAUUUAAAGGGCUAAUUCAGUAUUUUUUGAGGGAGGCUAGCCGCAGUGGAUACCAGUCAGCUGAACCCUUUUACUGAGAAGCUGCCAGAAAACCAUAGUUGUCUAAAAGUAAAGAUUUAUAACAGCAGGUUAAUAAAAUAAUCAUUGCUUGUGAAUUUCUCCCUGCAGGAUUGGCGGAGCUGUCCCGAUCGUCUUUUCGUACUUUGCUGAGGUUUUGGCUCGGGAGAAGAGAGGAGAGCAUCUGAGCUGGCUCUGCAUGUUCUGGAUGAUUGGGGGAAUCUAUGCCUCAGCCAUGGCCUGGGCCAUCAUCCCACACUAUGGUGAGUAAACAAGACUAUUGGAUAUGCUGACUCUACCUAACUUUGAGUCAGCUGAAGGAGGCGGGCCUUUACUGGCAAUUUCCACCGCAUCUGGAAAGGCUAUAAAAAGACUGUAUCCACAGAUCGUAGCUGAUCGUAACCAUUCAAGUUAAUGUGUCAAUUUCCACCAGCUUCUUUCCAUUCUGCUGCGGAUCGCCAGACUCCGCAGCUGAUCUCAAGAGUUCUAUUUUUUCCAGAUGCUGGAGCAUGCCAGAUAAAUUCAGCACAGAUUAACCCGUGCUGAAAAAGCAAGUCAGGCACAGAAACAAAAUAAAACAUCCAGCUUCUUUUCAAAAUAAAACACUCCAUGUUUCAGGCGGAGUGUUUGUGUUGAAAGCAGGUGGAGACAAACAAGUAAAAGGUUUAUAGUUGUCAUUUCACCCCGAUGACACCAUGGAUGAGGAGAUGCUGAUUCUAGAAGUCCAGAAGUAGAUUUCCUCCUCUGGAAGGACACAAUCUACUGAUUCUAUGGUUAGCCUAUGUGGCUGAGGACAACAUGGUAUUGCGCGAUUGCACGUGAAUUCGCAGGUUCUUGUGAGUUCUUGUGAUUUCUGCUGUCUGUAAUCUGCCACGAAAUUCGCCUCACAAAUGGACCCAGUAGGAAUUGGUGUGCGGUGAAAAUUGCUGCUGUUCCGGAUCGGAGCCGUUCCCGAUGUGGUGGAAAUCCCGAGUUAGCCUUCUUUCAAACAGCUAUAGUGUGUUCACUUGUCAGUCAAGUCAGCCUUGUUUCUGAUUUGCCAAACUUUUAACCCUUUAAAACAAAUGAAUUUACUUUCUGAACUGUGGUCGCUGUAGGAAAACUAUUCAGACUAAGGGGCGUGCAGAUGGCCGAGUGAGUUAGCACGCCUCAUGUAUGGGGACCAUGGCCCCUCCAGCGGUUGCGGGCUCGAGUCUGGCCCUGAUCAUGUGCUGCUUGUCUUCCCCCUCUCUCUCUCUAUCUCCCCACAUUUUACCCUGUACUAUCAAUAAAAGGCAAAAAUUGUCCAAAAAAUACUCAAAAAAGAAAAAAAAAGAUUAAGAAUAUCUUUAAAAAAAAAAAAAAAUCAAACUACACCAUUUCUUUUGAACCAGGCUUCAAAUAAUUAAUUUUUCUGUAAAAGUGGCCAAUUUUGAAUGAGUGUGUAUGUGGUUUCUGGUGCUUCUGCAGCUAGCCUCUAGUGGACACUUGAGGAACUGCAGGUUUUGAUUGCAUUUUCUAUUACUAGAAGUUACUGCUUGCUUUAGAGUGUGUAGAAGAUGAAAGGUUUUGUCUUUUUCAUGUUUAUUCACAGUCUGCAUUUGGGUUCUUCUGAGACAGGCACACAUUUUGGGGAAAUACCAGAGAUUAGAUAUAGUUUGUGAAGCAAUGUGAGAGGAUUAACCACCAAAAACUGCAACAGAAAACUUUUUGCUGACCCUGCCCCAGUAUCAGUCAUGAGUACAAACAUUUUAAAAGUCAGGAUAGACUCCAUCUGCAAAAAUCUUGAAAACAGACUCUUAAAAGAUGCAGAAGCAGAGCUAGAGUGUAAAAGUGCGGACGAAAUGUCUGGGUGUACAUCUGCUCUCAGCUUCAGAGACGCUGCCUCCAAACUGAAGAUCCCCACUGUCAGGAAUCACUCGCUUCAGUAGUUUGAACAUAACUGCAAAUAGAAAUGGCAAUAACUCGGCGGUGUGGUUCUUCUCUUUAUGAUGCUCCCUGCUGGAGCGAUGCAUAUACCUCGCAACAUUGCAAACAAUUCCCUGUAGUCCAGGGGCUUAAUUUAGAAAUGGAGACCAUGCAGGAUGCUUACGAACACUGAGCAGGUGGCGGUGUAGGUGGAGGCUUUAACAAUAACAGCGGGGGGAGAAGCAACAAAGCAUAUGUCAGCCUACACAGGAAAUAUGCACAUGAAGGAUUUUCACUCUGAUUAUUGGGAACUUCAUCAAUCUCAACUUUUCUUUAAUUAAAACCUGCUAAAACCAGAUCAUUGUCUCUCCUAAGUUUAUUUGUGGCACCUUCAGAGUUCUCAUAAUGUACAGGAGCUGGAGGAUAACAGAGAAAGACGGAGGUGUGUGUCAGAGGGAUAAGAACAAAACAAGCUAAAAUGAAAUCAAUCCAGCGCAGAGGCCAGGGGACGAGGAGGAGAGGAGGAGCAGGGGAAGAGAUUAGGAGGAUGAGGGGGGAGAGAGCGCAUGAUUUAUGUGGCCUGUGUCGGGGAUAAUCGAAAGGUGAAGGGAUACAGCUGGGGGGGAGAAAACAAAGAGAAAAGGACAGAGUGAAACAGCAUUAAAGGAGGAGAGGAGAGGAAGAUGAGUGAGGAGGAAGGAGGUCUUUGUGUUUUUAAGGUGGAGAUGAUCUGUGAUGAUAGAGUGAGAUCUUUGAUUUUGACCAUCAGGAACAAUUCCCCGACUGUGCGCAGAGUGAAGUCCCUGGAUUGUUAACAAACUUCAAUACAACAUGUAAAUAACACAAACAAGAUUCCUUCUGCUCCUUCCAUUGAUCAUAUUUAAGAUACAUGAAGUGUGACAUGUUUGUUUGGAUUUUUAAUAACACAAUAUACAACUGUAGUUUAACUUAUUUAUCUGGUCAAUCGUAGAUAAUUAUCUCAUAUUGUAUCAUAUAACAUAUCUUAUCAAAUUCAAUCUUAUUGGAUCAUAUCAUGUCUUAUCAUUUUCUAUAUAUAGUAUCAUAUCGCAUCAAAUCUAAUAAAAAAACAAGUAACAUACCGUGAUGUAACAUUAAUUUAUUGUAACUUUAUGGAACAUGCCAUAAAUCAACAUCACAUGAUGUAAUAUGGCAUAAUGUAACAAAAUAAAACGUAGCCAGACCUAAUUUAAAAUGACAGAAUGUGCGUAAUGUGACACAACUUAACGUAACAUGACAAUGUAACAAAAGAGAACAUACUUGAUGUAACGAAACAUGAUGCAGCAUGACUUAACGAAACAUGACAUGGGUAUUGUAUUUCAUCAAAUCAAGUAUAAAAUAUGUGACAAAAUGUAUUGUAACUUUAUCUAAGAUGACAUACCGUAACAAGACGUAACAUAAAACAACCCAAUGUAACAUGUCCUAAUGUAACAAAACAGAACGUACUUAAUGUAACAUGACGAAAUGUAGCAUGACUUUACAAAACAUGACAUGAGUAUUGUAUCGCAUCAAAUCAAAUAAAAAACAAGUAACAUACCGUGAUGUGACAUAAUGUAUUGUUACUUUAUCCAAGAUGACAUACCGUUACAAGACGUAACAUAAAACAACAAAAGGUAACACGACUUCUCGUAACAAAACAGAGCAUACUUAAUGUAACGUGACAUGUUGUAACAUGACUGAAUGAAACAUAAAAAAAAGUAAAAAUACAUAACGUGACUCAAUGUAACUUGAGCUACGGUAUAGUAUCAAAUUGUAUGUUAUUGUAUUCUAACAUAACGUUUUGUCAUGCCAUGUAAGCUAACAUAAUGAAACGUAACCUAACAUACUGUGUCGUUGUGGAAUUGUAAUGUAGUACAUCAUAUCUACAUGGUACUGUAUUAUAUUGUGGGGUAUUGUAUCUUCAUUUAGUUAAUCCUAUUAUGCCUUUUUUUUUUUCAUUAGAUUUUGUUUACGGUUUCGUAUCAUAUCGUAUGGCAGUAUAUUGUAAAGUAUGGUAUGGUAACAUAUUAUAUCAUAUUGUGCAUACCUUAUCAUAUUACACUAUAUUGUAUUGUUUCUUAUCUUAUUGUAUCUUAUUCUACCAUAUCUUGUUGAAUUGUAUCUUAUAAUGUUGUAUUGUAUCAUAUAAUCUUGUAUCAUGUCAUGUUUUACUGUUUAUUAUCAUGUGUGGUCACACUAUGCUCUCUUAACUCUUAAUAUACACUGUGGCGCUUAAAACUCAAUUUCUUCAAUUAUUGAAAAAACAGUUAAAAUCUACAGACUCAGAAUACUGUUACAUUGAUUUCUGCUCCAUGUUUCAUGUUCAGGUCUGAAGCAGUUAAAGAUUAACAUGUUUGAAGGUAAAAGCCCUCGGCAGAGAUAUAUCUGUGACUCUGUGUGUCUCAUCACAAACUUUAUCUCUGUAAGUUGAGUGUGAAGGUGCUGCUGAGCCUCAUAAUUGAGGUCAAUUGAUUAGACGCCAGUGUUUUAACACAUUUUUUCUGCAGGAUGCAGCGGUGUGUGGGUAAUAGGUUCCGCCGCAGUGCUCUUUGCAUUGACUGGUGGACAAAGGCCAUGAAGCUGUGUGUGUGUGUGUGUGUGUGUGUGUGUGUGUGUGUGUGUGUGUGUGUGUGUGUGUGUGUGUGUGUGUGUGUGUGAUUCUGUCUCUUUCCAACUUAAAAGAACAGUCAAACUCUUUCACUCUCACAUCAUGCAGCUGUUUUUCUCAAUCGUGUGUAUCUGUCAGAGUGUGAGAUAUAAGGCGCUGUUUUUAGAGUGAAUUCCUGUGAGUGUGUGUGUUUGCUCCAUAAUUUCACAGCUUUGAACACAAGCCAAGGACAGUGUGUAUGUGUGCGGACAUGUAUUAUGAGUGUGUGUGUGUAUGUGUGUGUGUGUGUGUGUCUCAGCCAUGCUCACUUACUGUACUGUAGGAACAUAAAUCUUGCUGAGUAUCUGAAUCAGUCAGCCGUCCCCUCCAGUCCAUUAAAGCUAUAAUCCCCCUAAUGAGGUUUGUACUGGUACAGGCUGGAGCAGCCCCGCAGGCCCUGCACACACACACACACACACACACACACACACACACACACACACACACACACACACACACACACACAUCAUACUUUCUUAAAGCUGAAUCGGUGACACAGUUUACUGGCUGCUCGUGUCUUAAAACAUAUUUAAUGUGCUCUGUCACUCUGUAAUGCUCACGACUUUUUGAUGAAUGAUGUGCUAAAAUUAAACUUAACUAUUUAACACGAAAUGUUCAUCAUUUUCACGGUAAAGCAGAACUUUUCCAGCCUUUUUUUUCCCUAAAAAAAAUUCAGCACCAUAUACUAUUCAAACAUCAGCAUGAGCUCAUUCAUGAUUACCAACCAAUCAAAAUCAAAUAGGGGCGGGACUUCACAUAACUCCUGCGUCAACAAUGGCAGAAUUUCCAGGUCUACAGCGGAAAAAAAACAAGUGUAGUUGCUUUUUUUACUGGCUUCCUGAGACAAAAAUUGAAAUUCAGAAACAAAAGUUUGGUUUUAGGGCUGCAGCUAGUAUUCUACCGAAUAUUUCAUCAAUCAAUCGAGGAAUCGGACCCAAAUGCCAGAUGCAGAUUCAAUGAGAUUUCCUAUGUCACAAAUCCAAACUCCAACCCCGGAGCCCUGCUAUGAAGGCCAGACUCUGAGAAAUGGAGGACAUUCGCGGAACAAAAGUGUGCGGUAGUGGAUUUCAAAGCUCGUAAGAAAGCUAAUUACAAUUGUGUCCGAGAGUUGAAUAGCUCCUGUGCUACUACACUGGCAAUGUUAGGCUACAAACUAGCGUGACGAUGAGUGUGCAGAGCAGCGCUGUCUCCACCAACAAUUCAGAGGUGAAGUGCUAAUGAGCAUCUGGUGCUCUGCAAGAGAAAAGUCCUCUCAUCACUCAUUUUUCUGCUCCCAAAACCAAAACCGUGCUUACUUCUCCUUCUACUGCAGUAAUGUAAGCGUGUUGUGUCACCUUGAAAAUAAUCUGAAAACAGUGCGAAACAGUGACGAUUUGAACUUAUAAACUAGUACUCGAAAAUUCAGGUGCCUCCCCCAAUCAGGUUUGGGGAGGCAGAGAAUGGCUUUGUUUUACAGUCAGAAAGAGCGAAGUGCUCUAAAAAUUUAACAAAACAUAGACAUAACAAAACACUGCGAUAUCGUUAUAUUACCAAAUGUAAUCAAUAACUAAUAGCUAUUGACUGAUAUUAAAAGCUUUUUUUGUAUAUACACCACAAAAAAAGAUGCGUCUUUAAUGGAUUCCUGCCUAACCCACAUUUAAGUAAUUAAAUCAAGUGCAUCUUGAUAUAAAAAAGAAACUUAAAAGAAGGGCGUUUCAGAGAAAUCCACAUUUUCAAUUGCUUCCAGAUGUCAUUGAAUUUAGAUUGCUCAUUGAAUAAGUGAUUCUUUCCAUUACAUACACAUUUUAAAUGAUAUCAUGCCAUUUGUCUAUAAAUGGGAUGUCUGUCUUGAGUUAUCUCUUUGUGAUUACUUUUCUAGCAGCUAGACUCAGUAUUUCAAAUAAAUAUUCAUUUUUCACACUUGCAUUAGCUGAGUGUUCAAGUCCAAAUUUUCAAACUAAAUUUAUUGCUUUAGUCACUUUUUUUCUAAACUAAUACAAUUAAUUACAAUAUAUUGAUAUAAUUUUAUUAUAAUUUUAUGUUAGAUGAUUUUGUAAUGAAUGAUCUGGGUAUUUUUUUUUUAUUUAUGCAUGCUAUCCAAUAAACUGGAGCAUAUUGAUCAAUUUUAAAUCAAACUGUGAUGCAAAGAUUUGAAAAUUGAAUUUUAGGGUCUUGACGAUCUCUUCCCCUGCAGUGCAUCUAUGCCAACAACCUGUACCAGCCACACAGUGAUCACACACACCUGACAGUAACUAACUGUGAUGCUCCAAACACUAAACCUCAGCUCAGCAGUGACUAACUCUCAGCAUAUCUCCCUCUUCUGCUUUUUCCACGUCUGUUUAAAAUGAUUAAACUGAUCCCAGAGAGAGAGAGGGGGACAGCGAGGAUUUGAGAGGAACUGUAAGAGAGUGAGAUUAAAGACUCUGAGUCUGCAGAUGCCACAGAGGCCGCUCUGACACUGGAGUAUUAGCUGACCUGCAGGUUAAUUAAUUUCAUUAGCUGCAGCAGAGAAACAUCAGGACGGUUUGUCUGUUAGUGUCCAAACAUAAAACCUGCCAAGAACUGGUUAUUAAAAGGAUUUUUGUGUUUCGUUUCUUUUUAAUGUGCUUUCAUGUCGCAGGACUGAACUCUGGCCUGAUGCAUUAAUUUUGAUUUGAUGUGUCUCUCUCCGCCUGCAGGCUGGAGCUUCAGUAUGGGCUCAGCGUACCAGUUCCACAGCUGGAGAGUCUUUGUGGUGGUGUGCGCACUGCCGUGUGUGUCUGCGGUGGUCGCUCUCACUUUUAUGCCUGAGAGCCCUCGUUUCUACCUGGAGGUGAGAGAAAGAUGCAGUUUACUGCGAUAACAGCAGCAGCAGCUCCAUUAUUACUGUUAAUGACUGAGAUAAGGAUUCUCAAAGGUAUCCGAGAAAAAAACAGACCUUUGUACGAGAAAACUUUGUUCGAGUCUUUCUGUGAUGUGCAUAAACCUUCCUACUGAGGAUGUAGGAGGUAAAUUUGUAGAUGCAUGUUGAUGUUUUCCCUCGAUACUUGAUAUUUUUUUCUUAAAUCAAGAGGCAAUUUUGCACCAAAAUUGCAGGCUUUCCUCAGAGUCAUAACUUGGUCAGUUUUCAGCACAAAUUCAUGAUUUUUACAUUUUUGGAUACAGAGAGACUAACCAAAACAAGAACAGCAUAAUCUAGGGCUGGGCGAUAUGGCCCCAAAUCAAUAUCAUGAUAUAUUAAGCAGUUUACCUCAAUAAUGAUAAAUGGAUGAUAACUACUCCACAAGCUGCUCACCCCCUCCCACAUUAACUUCCUCUUUUUUAGCCACCGCUCCAGCCGCUACAACUUUUGACCCGUCCUUCAUCUCCUCACCUGUCUUUUCCUCUUUGUUACGGACUGUAUGGGGUGGAGUCACGUCUUUGACGUAGGACAGCGUCUUAAAGGGACAUGAGACCAUAGCCUACCUACACACAUCCAAAACCAACUUUUAUUAUUAUUAUUUUUUACUUUUUAGACAUCGAAUAUACCGAUAUGGGCAAAAUGACAUUGGUUGUUGUCGUAAAUUUCAGUAUUGGUAAAUUUUUGGUUUAUCACUCAGCCCUAGAAUAAUCCCUGAUAUACAAUAAAAAAUAUGAAUACAGUCAAUAGGAAUAAACGGGAAAAAGCAGCUCUUCGAAAAAAUCUAAACUUGCCUGACAAAGAAGACAUUUUACAGUUUUUUACCAUGUAAGUAAUUGCUGUAUACUUUUCAGUAUUUUCAUUGGUAUGUUUCAAAUUAAGACACCUUAAAGUUACUUUGGCUUACUUUUAAUGGUGCCAUUAAGCCAAAAAUUAAACAAACACUGACUGGGUUCAUGAUAAAUCUUUAACUCAACCUGGAAUAUGUAGGUGAAAGGGUUAACGAAGUCUUGUGUUCUUAUCAGCUGUUUGUAUCUGCUACAAAAGCCUUUAAAUGUUAUUAUUAUAAUCUGACAUGUUCUAGCAUUCGUAGCAGUGGAAAUAGUACCUUGAAACUCAAAUUUAGAGUAUAUAAAACUCAUGCCAUGAUGAUAAGAAUUUAAAAAUAAAUCUGGGUGAUGAUACAGAAGAAUAUGUAAAGUCAGGAAAACUAUGUUUACCACCUGAGAACAAAUUUAAAGGUGCUAAUUUGUUUAUGUGGAUAUUUGUGUAAACAGAUGGGUAAACACGACGAGGCCUGGAUGGUCCUCAAACAAAUCCACGACACAAACAUGCGAGCCCGAGGAGAGCCAGAGAGAGUCUUCACUGUGAGUGCACACACACACACACACACACACACACACACACACACACACACACACACACACACACACACACACACACUCACACACACACACACACACACUUCCUCCCGGCUGCUGCAGAGCCCCCAGCAGGUGACAGAUCAGUGUCUCCCCCUGCAGGUCAACAGGAUCAAAAUCCCUAAACAGCUGGACGAGCUGGUGGAGUUGCAGAACGAGACGGCCAACCCGGUUCUGAAGGUCCUCUCCAAGAUGAAAACAGAGCUCAGAGGAGUAUGCUGCUGCUGAUUUUUUCUUUUUGUUGACAUUUCAAACUGUUUUGAUUCAAACUGAGAGAAAACUAACUCUACUUUCUGACAGAUCUGGUCGACUUUUAUGAAGUGCUUCAACUACCCAGUGAGAGACAACACCAUCAAACUGGCGGCCGUCUGGUUCACUCUGUCGUUCGGGUGAGAGGUUUUCUGCUCACACUCUUCAUCUCCUCUUAAAAAAAACAUUUUUAUUCCUCACUCCCCUCGUGUUCGCUGAUGUCCUCUCUGAUACUUUGCAGAGUCACAGUUACUUUGCAGCCUAAUAACAGUCUCAGUGAAAUGUUUAACACUCGGGCAGAUGCUCUCUCACUCCAGCCCUCCUGAUGAAUGUUGACAGGUGAGAUUGGAAAGAGAGGAGCUAUUAGAGAGAAGGUGUCAUUCUGCUUUUUUUCAGCCAGCUGCUAUAAUGAAAUACAGUAUGAAAGUGUCAGAGUUUUAGCUCCAAAGAGACAAAAAAGGCUUCAAAAGAUGUAAUUUAAUCUUAAUCUGGCAGGUUGUGAUUCAAAAUUGGGUUUUUCCCAGACUAGGGGCGAGGGACUUCGUUAACAAGCAGACACUGUAAUAUUUACAGGGAUAUUUACUCCAAAAAACAACAAAUUUUGAGACUAAAAGUGAAAAAAAGGCUGAAUCUUGUGUGUUCAGGUUUUACGGGCUCUCCGUUUGGUUCCCGGAUGUCAUCAAGCACCUCCAGGCCGACGAGUACGCCUCCAGAGUCAAGAUCCACAACAACGAACGCAUCGAAGACUUCACCUUCAAUUUCACCCUGGAGAACCAGAUCCACAGAAACGGGGCCUUUAUAAACGACAGGUAAACUGGAGUCCUGUUUGGAUUCAAUGACAGACUAACAAACUGAGAAAGGGUUUAAAUCUGCAAACCUGUGAGCCUGCCUCUGUGCAGGUUCUUGGUUAAAGCUUGGCUUUGUCCUGCUGUUGGAUAACAGGACGAUUCUUCAUUCCCGUAAACAACACACGGCAGCCGGUAAUAUUAAUCCUGCCUCCUUUAUCUGCUGCACAGCCAGGAAAUUAAAAGACUUAUCUCUCUCUCUCCAUUUUUUUCCUGCCUUCUUUCUCUCUCUGUCCGGCCCAAACACACUCUUCUUUGCUGCUCCUCCUGGUUAUGAUUCUCUUGUACACAAAGGCCAGAGAGAAGAUGCAUCGCUGUGCUGUUUUUGUUCUUUUCCAGCCUCACUGUAGACCAUAAAGCAGACUUAUGCUGAGAUUAAAUCAAAACCAUGAAACUGUGGAAGCUUCCAAAAAAGAGCAACACAACUAAAUAUAGCUAUGGCAUGCAAACAAGGCAUGAUUUUCUCCCUCUCUUUCCAGGUUCAUCAGCAUGAAGUUCAAGGCGGUGCAAUUCAUCGACUCCUCUUUCAUCAACUGCUACUUCGAGGACGUCUCCUCUGUGGGCUCCUCCUUUAAGAACUGCACCUUUAUCGACUCCUUCUUUUACAACACAGGUGAGUCUUUACCUGCACCCUCAUCCAGAGCCAGAGGUGUCCCCCUUCACUACAAAAAUCCUAUUAUACCUCCCACAUAAGUCUCACUCAGUGUCUCUGUCUGACAGUUCAUUUGGGGUCUAACGUCCGAGCUUCUGGCUAACAGAGAAUGGGGUCUGAGCGUUUAUGCCUCCGCUAAAUUACUGCUCAACCUCUCUGACCCUGCACAGAUUGCCUCACUGAAUUCAGGCGAACAGAAAAACUGAGCCGAUCUGUGCUGCAGAGGGACAAAAAUGACUAUUAAUAGUCACAAAAACAUGAUUUUUAUAAGACGCUUUAAAAAAAUCAAAGUGAUAAAUCUGUUUCUUUUAAGCACAGAGUUCAAGUUUUUCUCUUUUAGCCUCUAAUUGAUUCGAACAAAUCCUUCUGCAUCAGCUUUCCAAACAGCCAGUUGUAGCUUUUAUAGAGCGAGUUUAAGUGCUGUCUAAUCGCUUUAGAGGAAAACACACACACAGAGAAGUAGAAGCAGGAUGUUCAGAGGACCUGCAGCUGAUUCAGACCUUAUGGGAGUGCAGGGUAAAAAAAAUAUUUCCCCACAGCACUCAGGAAAAGAGCUGAACAUGGAAACAGUAAGGGCACGUCAGGUUGCCUGAAAUGGCCCCUGGGAAAUGUAGUCUCUUUGCCCACAGCGAGGCUUCUCUAGAGAGUCGAGGAUGAAGACAAACGAGGAGAGACAGACGGAGGGAGAGAGAGAGAGCGCAGAGCUGAGAGAGAGAGGGGAGGGUUUCCACUCUGCUGCUGCGGCUGCUGGAGUUCAUUAAUAAAUGUUCGGUGAGAGAUUUUAAGUACAACAAAACCAGACACAAUGUAGGGUGAGAUUAAAUGUCUGCUGAGGAUAUUUAUUUCAAUUUAUCAAAAUAAAGACUCCAUAUUAGAUAAAAAAAACAACUUAUAAAUAACAUCAAAUCCAUUAAAAAAUGAUAACUGUAAAUUCUCAUAUUUCCCUCAAGAUCAAUAAAGUAUCUAUCAAUUUUAAAAGAGAAUAAAAAAAGGAUAACUAAAUUAGAAAAAAAAAGAAAUAUUUAUUGAUUGAAUACUAGGAAUUUCAAAUCAAAUAGUGGAAAAUUAAAUACGAAAUGAAUAUAAAUAUAAAGUACAGAAUUGAAAUAAAAAAAUUAACAUGAAAUUAACAUUAACUAUUGUCCAUGUAAGUAUAACGUUGUGGAUUCCGUCUACUCGUGAAUCUUAGUCAUCCAGUCCUGUUUCCACACUUUAGUCAUAAUAACAUUAUAAACACACUUUUUAAACCUUUAUUUAUCCUAGCACAUCACAUACAGAGUCUAUGAUUACUGAGGAUAUUUAAAAUAUCUGUCAAUGGUAUUUGUCUGUUGCUCUUGUUUUCUAUUGUUCCCUGUUGUUUGCUCCUACAAACCAAUAAUAAUCACAUUUAAAACCCCUUAAAAACCUUCAAUCAGACUCUUCUUUGGUUAUUGUUUAAUGAAUAUGAACUCUCUUACAUUGGUCAACUAUGUAAGUGAAACAAAAAGUCAACAAUUUGCAUAAAUAGUGCAAAUUGCAAAAAAUAAAACAUUUGACAUGUUUACACUGGUCUGUUUUGACCCAUUACACAAACACACAGAAAUGGUGACCAGUCACACAACGGACGGAUGUUUGAACUUGAACUUUAAGAAAAUGUAACAAAAAAAAUGAAUUAAUAUAAAUGAAAAAUUAAAAAGUCUAAAACUUCAAUAAAUUACCAUUUAACAUUAGGGUUCAAAAUGAAAAUCUUUAAUAAAUGAAAUUGAUAAUUAUUAAUAAAAUAAAAUACAUGAACACAUUUUUUGAUUAAAAAACUCAGCAAAAAUAAAUAAGUUUAUUAAAAGAACAGUAAAAAAAGAUAAUCAAAAUGAAUAAUAAAAAAUAUAAAUUUUGGAAUCCAUAUAAUUAAGUAUAAUAAAAGUUAUAAAUGAUAAACUUAAAUAAAUAAUACUUUAAUCAAUAACAAAUAAAAUAAAAAUAAAACAAAGAUAAAAGAUAAACACAUUUUUUUCAAAAAUUAAUAGACAUAAAUUAAUAUAUUAAGAAAACAAUAAAAGAACAGUACACAAUAAAGAAAGAAAGAAAAAGAUAAAUGAAUUAUACAAAAUGAAAAUUUUGAAAGCAUACAUAUAUGUAUAAAAAAUAAUGGUUAAAAACGCAAAAAUAAAACUGAAAAUUAAUAACAAAAUUAAAUAAAAACAAAACAAAAAUCAAACACAAAUUAAUAAAUGAAAAAUAACAAUAAAAAGACAAGUGAAAAAUAAAAGAAAAAUCUAAACCUCCCAACUAUCACCCGGACAAAGACACACUGCUGUUUUUCGACUUGGACUCCAUCAGAAUAGGAGGAGGUUUUAUCCUCAGGCCAGAUUGGCUCAUUAUUAAUCUUUAAUAAACCUUUUGGUCUCCACACACCCAUGAAAGAGCAGACGAUGGAGGAUUUGUGUUUGAAUGUCUAACUUCAGACGAUGCCUCACAGAUAGAAGAGUUACCCUCAUGCAUAAUUCAAACACAGUGUGAAGCCGCUCUCUUGUCUCCCACCUUUACAGACGUAGACGACGCCAAAUUAACAAACUCCAGAGUGAUAAACAGCUCCUUUCAUCACAACAAGACGGGCUGUCAGAUGACGUUUGACGAUGAUUACAGCGCCUACUGGGUCUAUUUCGUCAACUUCCUGGGGACGCUGGCAGUGCUGCCUGGAAACAUCGUCUCGGCCCUCCUCAUGGACAAAAUAGGACGUCUCAGCAUGUUAGGUAAGAUGUUUUCCAUUUCUCGAAGCUCUGAUUGUCCUUUCAGAGCAGAUGCAGAAGUGUCUCAAUGUUUCCUCAUACAUCUUUCAUAAACUCUGCUGAGAGAAGCGAAGCUCAAAGUUGUGGUGGUUUGUCCUGCAGGGGGCUCCAUGGUGCUGUCAGGCAUCAGCUGCUUCUUCCUCUGGUUUGGCACCAGUGAGUCCAUGAUGAUCUUCAUGCUCUGCCUCUAUAACGGCCUCAGCAUCUCUGCAUGGAACUCUCUGGAUGUGGUCACCACUGAGCUGUACCCGACAGACAGGAGGUGAGGAGUGCACUUAAAACACGACCCUAAUAGCGCUUACAAAGAGAUGAUGUACAGUGAAUGGGUUGUUCCUGCAGGUUAUGACCCCGACAAGGUGAGCAGGAUUAGGAUACAAGCUUGUCCCCUUACAUGAUCCCAUACAACAGAGUUUUAAAAACUACCUUCAGGUCAAAUUAUCACUGAACUUUGCAUUUUAAUUUGCAGUUCCCUUCAAACGGGGGUAAUAAUUGGUUAUUGGUAUAGUUUUAUUUAUUUGUUUUCUUUAUUGGUAAUGCUGUGGAUGCAGUUGAGUAUAUGCGGCACUUCAGUCCAUUAAAUACGAUACAAUAAGAUAUACUUGAGUAUGAUGAUAUGAUAGCACUUCAAUCCAUCCAGGGGUGAGUAAAGUGUAUCCUAUCGAAUCAGUUCAUAUAUCGCGUCUUAUUGUAUCAUAUCCCAUCUUAUUAUGUCUUAUCAUUCAGUUCUCAUCAUAUUGUGUCUUAUCAUAUCAUAUUGUCAUGUAUUAUACUGUAUCGUAUCUUAUUGUAUCAUAUUGUAUAAUAUUGUAUGAUAUUGUAUCCAUUGUGUCUAAUCUUCUCAUCUCAUGUCUCAUCCUCUUGUAUCAUAUCUUGUCUAAACAUUUCAUAUCAUAUUGUAUCAUAUAGUAUUGUGUCUUAUCCUAUCAUAUUGGUACUUAUCAUAUCAUGUCUUAUCGUAUCAUAUUAAAUCAUAUCAUGUCAUGUCAUAUCAUACCAUAUCUUUUUGCAUCAUGUCUGAUUUAGCCAUAUCAUCAUUUCUCAUAAUAUCAUGUAAUAGCAAAUUAUAUCAUUUUGUAUUGUAGAGUAUCCUAAACUAUCAUAUCAUUGUAUCUCAUAGUAUCAUAUCAUGUCAUAUCAUGUCAUAUCAGAUUAUUUGUUUUGUACAGUAUCCUAAACUAUCAUAUCCUUGUUUCAUAUCAUAUCAUAUCAUAUCAUAUUAUAUCAUAUCAUAUCAUAUCAUGUAAUUUGGCAUCAUAUCUGAUUGUGCCAUAUCAUCAUUUCUCAUAAUAUCAUGUAAUAGCAAAUCAGAUUAUUUGUUUUGUACAGUAUCCUAAACUAUCAUAUCCUUGUUUCAUAUCAUAUCAUAUCAUAUUAUAUUAUAUCAUAUCAUAUCAUAUACCAUAUCAUGAUCUGGUCUAUCCUAUCCCGUUUUAUCCCAUUUUAUCAUAUCGUCAUAUUAUAUAAUCAAAUGUAUUAUCACAUCAUCUUAUCAUAUCAUACCCCGUAGUACAGUUUGUUUGGUAUCAUAUUGUUUUACAUCAUAUAUUCAGUUGUAUUCUUUAUGUUGUGUUAUAUGAUAUCAUAUUGUAUUGUACCAUAUCAUCAUUACUGUAAUACUGGUCAGUGGUUUUUCAAAUAUAAGAAAGCCUCUAGAAAAAUUCCUCAUAAGCGUUUGCACCACAAUAGUUUAUAAUGGUGAAUACAUGAAACAUAGUCAGACUAAUACUAUGACAGUUUACUGCCAUUUGCCAUCAAAUGAAAACACAGCUGUGUAGUUUUUCUUUGAGUUAUUUAGAAACAAAUUGACAUAUCAAUAUCUAACCCUUUCCUCUGUUCUCUCUGUCUUCUUGUUUUUCAGGGGCACAGGUUUCGGCUUCUGUAACGCCAUGUGUAAGCUGGCAGCAGUUCUGGGCAACCUGAUCUUUGGCUCACUGGUUGGCAUCACUAAAGCCAUCCCCAUCCUGCUGGCUUCGUCUGUGCUGGUCGGUGGGGGGCUGGUGGGGCUCCGACUGCCAGACACGCGAGCCAAUGUCCUCAUGUAAACCUCAGUAUGUUGUUUACCAGGUAUUCACUCGAUGUAGUGAAGAACCAUUAUGAACUAUGAUUUCCCAAAACAUCGCUGAAACAAGCACGGCACUCAUUCUUCUUGUAGUUAUUGUUUCAUUAAUGAGAUCCUCCACAUUACAGGACAAAUGAUUGUUCUGUUAUUUCUGAGUAGAAUACCUGGUAAAUAAGACAGUUAGACUUUACAAUGAGCUGUAGAUAUGAAGAGUUAAAGACAACAAUCAGAUGUUAGAAGCGUGGACGGCUGGUGGUCGAUGUCUUUGGCGUCACCUCCAGAAACCAGCCGUAAAUAUCAGUGUCAGUAAACUCUGUAUAUCAGCACCUCAUUAUGUACAUGCAGCUCUCAAAUGCAUGUGUCAAUGCUGCAAAAGGCUUGGACUCCAAACAACCUUAUUGGUCGAAGGCAAAAGUUCAUUUUUUUGGAAAUAAGGAUCUAGUUUCCUCAGUUUAAAGUCUGGGAUUCAGAAAAAACAGCUUGCCAUGCUCUGACAUGUGAUGUCAAUUUGUUAAGUCUUUUAUGAAAUGAAGUAAAGCCUGAUUGGUGGAUCGGAAACCAUCUUCUAAAGACCAAUUAUUGAUGUUGUGCCAAAAAUAAUCGUGCUAAAUCCUGUUAUUGAUUGGUUCAUGGUAGGGGGCAGUAGUGGUUUUUUACGCCGGUUGAAGAGGAAGCACAGAAGCAAGACUGAAUAACAAGCUAGCUAGCUUCUACCACAAUACGUGGCUCCUAGAGUGACGUAAAUCAUGUCAGAAGAGAUGACGACUUAAAACACGGUUACUCUACUGGCACUAACGGAUUUUUCCUUGACGGUUUGGGCGUUUUCUAGUAUCAUAUAAAAGACUUUUGUGAUUUUUUGUUUAUUUUCUUUGAGAUGGUGAACAGGAAUAAACAUUAAUAUGGGUUUCAGUAGCUUUUGCCUCUAGUGGACACAGAUGGAAAUGCAGUUUUUGCACAAACAGUGCAGCUGCUGCUUGAACAUGUUUCUUAUUGAGCUGUAGAGUUUCUGUGGAUCUGGUUUUCCUCAGAUGGAGCCAGGAGAGCUGUUCCCCUCUUUUCUCAGACUUAUCGCAGAGCCAGGUCAGCUCGCCCCUUUCUAUAGCGUAAGAUUUGAUCAACAAAGCGGAGCUAAUAAUCUAUCCUCCUGAUAUUUACUGUUUGUCUUUAUUUAUUUGUAUUUAUUUAUUACAUAUAUGUUAUUUAUUGGUUUGUUUGGAUGUUUUCAGACCUAAUGCCGACUUCAGGUUUUAGACCAGGUUGCUGACGUUCAAGCCUUUUGCUGCAGUUUUCAAGAAUGACAAGGCCAUAGAAAAAAAAAUCCAAACAAUGUAGUAGUGUAGAGAAAACCGGUGACUUCAGCAGCUACAUUUCUAAAGAGAAAAGAAGUUUACAUUUUCUGCUUUUUACAGUCCGAGACUUUUGGGAUUGGAAACCUUUUGUCUGAAUGCUUCCUCUCUCUGUCCUUCUCUUGUGUCUGUGUCGUGUUCGUCCCGUGGCGCCGAGCUCACCAUGAAGGGCUUCGCUCUCUCCGUUUGCAAUCUGAUCUGUCAAGAAGAAUUUAUACUCUGCUGUUCCAGUCUGCUUGUUUUUUUUCCUCUCUGUAUUAGUUUCUUUACGAUGUCCCGUUUAUCUCCUCCUGCCUUGCUGCUGCUCCCUUCACAACUCGAAGGCCUUUCUCAGAUGUCGUGCCUCUCUCUCUCUCUCUGCUGAGCCCGUCUCUUCUUCCAAACCUUGCUGGAAGCUUUGCUGCUCUGUCCUGCUCUCUUUUUUUUCUUCGUUGUUGUUUUUCUUAUUUCUUGAAACUGCAGUGUGCAUGACUUUUUGUGCGUGUGUGCGUGUUUGAGUGUGUGUCCAAACAAACCCUUGUUAGAUACGGUGACCAUCUCUAAAAGUUUUAAGUCUAUUCCAAGGAACCAGGAGGAUUUGAAACCUGUGCUUCAGUGAAAUUAAAGCCAUGUUAAAGGAUCAGUUCACCCAAAUCACACAGAAAACACUGAGUUUUUCGUCUUGAAGCUUGGCAUGCACUCAGAUCAGGCUUUAGGUAGGUUUGUGUUUGGGCCCAUGCAGCCUAGAAAUAGGAAUACCAUUUGGACCACCAAGUGGGCUUCAAUCCUAGAUUACAUGUGUGGGCUUAUUGUUGAGAGACUUCCAUGAAAACUGUUAAAAAUGCACAUAAAACUCUUGACAUCACUUGUUGGAUUGGUAUUGUGAAUUCAAACUGGGAAAUGUUGGCUCAACUUUUCUGUCAAUCAACUUGGAAAUAGGCAAAGAGGCGGGGCUUAAGCUUCCUAGCAAACUGUUACAACAUGCAAACCUGCGACUCAGUUAUCCGUGAUUGAGCAAAUCUAUGCAUGAUUCUGCACUUUUGCAUUGGCCAGAUAAAUGGAAACCAUCAAUUUUACAGAAUUAGAAAGACCGUCUGUUAGGGUGACCAUAUUCUGACUUCCCAAAAAGAGGACUGGACUACACAGGGGCAGAGUCACCCGGGGAUCCCACUCCGCUCUGCUCCGGACAGGCAGGUGGAUUAGAUACGCUUAGCAUAGCAUACAGCGCCCACCAGAUCUGAUCUGCCGCCGCAAUCGGAGAAGCGGUCGCGAGAUUACAGAUAUUUCUCACGAGCCUGGACUAGAUCUCAUUAGAUCUCGCAUGUUUCCCUGAGAGUCAUAGAAUGAGAUCGGCUGAUCGGUGUAUAUUAACAGCGGUGUGUAUAAACACCCACAUCCCACAACCCUGGCCUCUCCUAUUAUCAAGUUAACAACAGUUCAAUGUAUUAACAAGAUAUUUUACUCUGUAGCCACAUACAACUUCUGCUGCUGCUCGUGCUGCGCUGCACUGAAUUGAUGCGCCGUGCUCCGGCAUCCGGCAAAAAUAGAAGCCUUGCGUAUCUGAUCUGGCCACUAGAGCUGAUCUGCAGCGGAGCCAGACGGCGGACGGGUUGUGUGGAAUCACCAUAGACUGUAUAUAGAAUGGACAGAGUCUGCCUCCUCAUUGGGUGAAGCCACUCCAAGAACAGCACCCUCUGUUGAUGGGCUGCAGUAUAGGUCAUAAAUCCCGCCUCCGCCAGCAAAGCUUAUGGGGCUGUGGACAAACUUUAGAAAUUUAUUACACAGAACAUAAAUUUUUCUCCCCCCUGCUUGUGAUGUUGACAUAUAGUUAUUGUAAGACUGGUUUGUGCUCAAGUCCUCUUUUUUUCUGUGAAGCUCUGUUUUUAAAAGUGAUAGUUAUUUUAAAAUCCCGGAAAUACUGAAAGCUUUUCGGCUUCAAAUCCGUAUACAGGCGGUAGGCUGAACCAAGUUGUCCAUAGUAUAUACAGUCUAUGGGAAUCACACACAUUGAUUAUCAUGCUUGCAUAUUUGACCUGCCUGCCGUGCCGAAGCGGAGUGGAGCUGUUCUGGAUCCUGUGGGUUUUGCCCAUCGUGGAGUCGCACUCUGUUAUUUUUGAGAGUUUUUCAGGUCGGAUUUAGUGUCUUUUACGCGCUUCUAACUCAGUAAGUCCACGUGACACAAAUUCGAAACUUCCUUGCAAAACCGUGAAAGAGGACAUGUCCGGGUAAAAGAGGAUGUAUGGUCACCCUACGGUCUGUCUAUUGAGUCUGCAGACACAUGCUGAGUUUGGUUAAUAGACAGCUGUCAACAUCCUCUAGGAUCAGGAUGACAAUAUGAAUACUGGUAUUUUAUCCACCUGAGUCAACACUAUCAGAGCGGUUAUCCUUGUUUAUUUUGCAGUUAGAAGAAGACACUAAACUUUGAGGAGUAUCUGAGUGUCACAGUCAGGAUUAAACUCACUUUCAUUCAGAGUUUAGAGACAGAUACCUGGGCACCAAAAUCAGUUUUGUUUUUUUAUUAAGAGGCGAUAUGAGCUUGAAAAGAAAAACAUGUUGUCUUGUGAUUUGGGUGAAAUGAGCCUUUAAAAACUAAUGAUACGACUCUUGCUGCUAAAAUGUCAAUGUUACGGGGGAUUUGUAAAAAUAAUAACUGUAACACGUCCUCUUCUCGGUUUGUUCGAUCAUACUGAAGAGUAAAACUAAAGUGCAGUAGCUACAGUUUGAUUCUAAUCAUUUUAAAGCUCUUAUUUUGAAAAGCAUUUGUGCAGAACAUGACCUCUACGUGCAGCUAUUUUCUUUCAAAGUUACUUUGAGGAACUGUUAAAAGAUGUUUGAUGCUUUAUUUCCGCUGGUCAACGACUUCCCCUCGACCAAACACCUGAGCUGAACAAACUGUUUCCGAACAGAAACCCUGCAUGUUUGUUACUGAAGUCCUUCUGUUGUGUGUGCUCUUUUUUCCAUUUUGGUGUCUUCUCUGUUCCUCUGCGAGGGGAAACAGACAUGUGAUUCCCGGGUCAAAGGUGAAUGUAUCAUUCUCGUGUGUUGUCGGAUUCGUUGUGGACAGGUGUUCAUUAUACUGAGUUGACUUUGGGGUUGUUGUGAAAGGGCAUGCUCGUGCUGCGGAGGCUGUGUGAACAAGGUGUCGAGCAGCAGGGGUGGUCAAAUCUGCUCGAUCGUAAAGAUGUCAGAGGAAGUUUCAGAUUUGAAAACCUCGGCUGUGACACAAACAUGGAGGUGUGUAUAAAAUAUCUACCUGUCCUUGAUAUGAUUUAUUUUGAUAAGAAAAGGCUCAAGUGAAUGCAGUCAAGGUGGAUUCCUCUGGUGUGUCCAUACUGAAUAAAGAGUUUCAUUUGAUCAACUGUG